GUCCAGCGCGCUCCUUUGCCGAGAGGCAGGGGCCUCCCUCUCGCGGCUGCCUCAGUUCCGCGCUCCGUGCUCGAGUAAGCAGUUGUCCUCCGCUUCCGAGUGCCAGGCGCCGCCGUCGCCGCCUCUGAGGGGAGAGAGGGAGGGAGGAGGGGAGAGAGGGAGCGAAGUGUCAUCAUUCCUAUGAAUUGGCUGGGCGGCCACAGCGAUAACAGCAGCGCCGCUCCGCCUUCCUCUCGCCGGAUACCUGAGGGCAGGCGGCAGCGCCGGCGUCAAAUGGGCAGCGGCGACAGCAGCCGCACCAGCCGAGGGGGCGGCGGCGGCAGGAGCUGACAGAGCCGCAAACACACCUCGGGUCCGAACUUCCCUCGUCGGGCAAAAGGCAGCCGCUUCCCGUGAGGGGAGAACUCGCGGAGGAGGCGGCGGCGGCGGCGGCCGAGCAAAACUUCCUGCCGCCGAAGAGGACGAAGAAAGUUGCCGCCGGCAGCCGAGGGCAGGAAGCGCGGGCUGGUCCCGCCGGCCCGCUCUGGCUGUGACGGCGCCCGCCGCGGCUGUGGCGGUUUGGUGACGACGGGUUGCCCCGCGGGCGCCGCCGGCCUACAGGGGGCGCUGAGUCCCGGAGCCCCGCGCGAUGCCCGCCGUCAGCCUGUUGCCGCUCUUCGGCAGCCCCGCCGGCCCGGGCGCCCUGGGCGGCCCUCUGGGCGGAGGUCCCUUGGGCGGGCCCGGAGGCAGGAAAGCCCCCGGCCCCAGCGGCGCGUUCCGCCUGACGGAGAAGUUCGUGCUGCUGCUGGUCUUCAGCGCCUUCAUCACGCUCUGCUUCGGGGCCAUCUUCUUCCUGCCGGACUCCCCCAAGCUGCUCAGCGGCGUCUUCUUCCACUCCAGCAGCAACCUCCAGCAGCAGCCGCCGCCGCCGCCCCCGGCGCACGGGGAACACCAGCGCCCGCCGCAGCCGCCCGGAGCCGGGAGUAGUAGCAGCGGCUAUGGGGCCGGCGCCGCUGCCGCUGUUGCAGAGGAAGCCGCGGAGAACUUGGCCAAGAUCCGCGAGGACCACGAGCGAGCUUUGCGGGAGGCGAAAGAAACCCUCCAGAAGCUGCCCGACGAGAUCCGCAGGGACAUCCACCAGGACAAGGCGAAGUUUCUGCUGCAGGACAAGCUGGGCAGGAGGGAGGCGGGGGCCGCCGGGCUGCCGGACUUGCCGUUCCGCAAACCCGUCGGGGCCGUGGGAGGGGAACCGACCGACCCCGCCAUCCGGAAGAAAAGGGAGAAGAUCAAAGAGGUGGGUGACUCCUUCAAAGCAGCUUCCCACCUCCCGCAAAUAAUAAUAACAAUGAUAAUACAGAAAUUAACUUCCUUCCCUACGAUCCCGAAAAGUCACCCUCUCGCUUUUGUGUGGCUCGGGCUUGUGUUCUUCUUGGGUACUCUCUCCGCCACCUUGGCGACCCUCCCUCCCAUUUUUUCCUGCAAUAAUUUCAUUGUUGUCGUUGUCGGGCACGGUCCUGUGUGAGGAGGAGGAGGAGGGCUUUUGACGUAAGGAGGAACUUCUAAUGUGGAAAAGACACGUUUCAUUCAAAAUAGUUUAAGCGCUUCUGGUUUUCUUCGAGCUCACGGGAUGAUGAUUUAAAUAGGCUACGUCAGCUCUCCGAUCUUAUCUGAAGCUCAGCUUUCUCUUGUGUUGGCUUGAAUCUUAUGUCUUGUCUCGAGAUGUGUGUGUGUGUGUGUUUGCUUGUAGGGGUGUAUUUUGUGCCAGAGUACAUUUCUGCUUAAGUGCUACUUGAGAUUUCAGCGUUCAAAAGAAAAAUCUAGCAGGCGUGCUGGACAACAGAACAAAUCCUGACGAUAUUAUGUAAUUUUCUAAACUAAAUACAUCUGUGUUACGUAACUUCCUAAACUAAAUUUGUCUAACUUUUCAAGUCAGAUCGCUAAGAGGGCUUAAAAGUUAACUCCAGUAUUUUGCUUAGUAGCUGAAGUAACUGUCAUAAAGCAUUUUAAUGACUGAUGGACGUCCUUAACUGUCAGUAUAUUAGUGAUUGCCUGGUUAAAUGUGCAAUUUUGUCUUCAUCCAUCAGCCGAUUUUACAAUGUUCAGAUUUCUCCCUGCUCAUCUGCUUUGUCAGUGUUACUGGAAGUUUUCCACAUGUGCAAUAUUUUCCUACUGUUUGGGAAAAGUUGGGAGGAAUUGUACUAUUACUGUAAUUGAGGCCAUAUGUUGGAGAAAUUAUAGGAUUAUAUUGAUACCACUUCUUAAACAUCAUGCUUUAUGGAUAAUACACUUCAUUGUUCACUUGGAUCUUGUUAAACUUUUAAAACAUAGUAACAGUUGAAAAAUGGUCCUGCUUGUGAGGCACUUCUAUUAAUCAUGAAACACACAGAGAUGUAGCAAUCCUAUGCAUACCCUGUGGGCAAAAUGGCAUUCAUUUUCUUGCACCCUAAUUCUUCAUGGGACUAACUUGCCCAUAAGAAUUGUUUAAUAUGUGAAGUGGCCCACAUAAUGUCUUUCGUGUUCUUGCCCAAACUUUUGAUUAGUGCACAAACAAGUUUAAAAAACCCACAUACACAGACACUUUAUUGAACACCUAAGUUACUAAGUGUGUGUCCAUAUGUGCUUUUAAGUAACUGCCCUAUUCCUGGUGAAAGUCUUAGUACUACUGCUACUACUACUACUACCAAUAAUAAAAAGCUGGUAUCAGAGAAGACUUGGGUGAAAAUCUUGGGUAGGCAUACCUAACAUCAGUACAGUAACUGAUUGCUAAUGAGUGGCUAUGUACAUUGCUUUUGACUUGGUGCAGUAUGAGACUUUUGAAAUAGAUAACUCUGAAAAUGUUCAGAUGACUGUACCAAUAGUGAUUGCUACAGACCAGCUGUAAUUGUGUGUAUGCCUGCUAAGAAUUAAUUUUUUUACAAUGUUGAAUUGCUUGAAUUCCCAGUCUAAAUCCCAGGUUGAAUCACUCAGUAAAUCAUCUAAUUAAAUUUGAGAUCAAAGCUGCUACUGUUAUCAGUGACUAUUUGGCUGACACAUCAGGCUUGUAAUUACAGGAGUCUGAUUUUGUGGGUCUGUGAUUUUUACCUGUGCUGCGUGUUUCUAUGAUAAGGGCAAAGUGGUAGUUCAAGUUCCUAUAUCAAAUGCUUGGUGAAAUAAGCUUAAGUUUGUUUUAGAAGUUUUUUGUUUCAAUAAAAAGGGGACACACAGUGAUACAUUGUCAUAUCUGUUGUGGUUCCCUUGGUUUCUGUUUAAAGUUUUGUACACCUUUUAAACUAAAUCUUAUGAACAGAUGGCAGUUAAGCAAAACAAGCCAUCACCAUCUUAGGAAUGUGUUAACAAAUCUUUUGAUGCUCUGGCCUGCAUCUUAAGAAGCUACUGUAAUAUUUCUUUAUCAAGCAUUUUCCCAGGAACUACUAGGAUCAUGUAUUCAAUUAGAUACUGUGUGGGCAAGUGGUAUGGUCACUGUCAUAUUUGCAGUAAGUGAAAAACAGUAGGGAGAAAGGCAGCAGUGGUACAAAAUCACAUUGUUGACCAUGGAUUGUGACAGAACCAUGUCUGUCCUAUUAAAGUGACAGUAGCUUCCCAGGUGUACGCUACCUGGGAAAGCAGUUAAUUUGCCUGCUAGCUUUCUUAGGUAGUUCAGCUUACAAUGUUCUAUGCACCUUUUCAGGUCAAUCACACUGAAUUUCAAUGAGGCUUCCUAGUAAAUGUAAAACAAGGAUUCUGUCACAUGUAGGGUAGGCUAUGGUACAUAGUCGGCUGCUUCCACAGGAGAACUUCUUUAUUGGUCAGUCCUAAGUCUGAAAGUAAGGGCUGUGUAUGGAAGGGGAUCAUGUUUUGGAUUCAGAAGGCUUCAAGUUCAGUCAUACUGAGUUCAAUGGAAUAUUUCUAAGUAUAUGUGCCUAGGCUGAAUUUUUGUGUGUAUCUUACUUGCAGCAAUCAUAAGUAGCAUUGUCUUGUUAAUCUAGUAAACUGCAGUUCCCCUCAUUAGAAUUUCUUUCAUUGGUUAUUAUCAACUGUUCAUAGUUAUGUGCAUCACAGUCCUCUUAUCUAGUAACAGGAAACUAUUUUUGUAUCCUGUAUAACCCCUUCCUGUUGCCUCAAAGCUAACAUCAUAUUUGCAGAGGAGGCCUUCAGAUUCAUUUUUUCUUUUCUUUUUAGAACCUGGCUGUUAAUGUAUUAAAGCUUUUCUCUUGUGCCUAUUACAAUAUUAAGAUGCUUUGUUGGAUUUAUAUCUGUCCAAGAAUUACAUAAGUUUCUGGGAUUUGUAUAGUGUGCUGCAGGCAAAAACCUGGUCGGGCAUGAUGCCCAAUUCAUGCAGGCUGACGUGGACAUCUGCAACUUUUCACCUUUCUUUUGAAUAUUGCAAACUGGUUUUAUGAUUCAGUUGUAUGAAAUUUGUGUACAUAUAGCUGCAUCAACUAGUGCUGCUAUAUAUUGACUUUGUUGGUGACGACUGCUACUUUCCCAAAUACAUGGUGUUAGCACUUGAAACUAUAUCUUGACUCAAGCCAAAAUGAAAGUAUCAUGACAGCCUUACUUUGUCUGUGUUCGCUUGGCAAUACUCAUGGAUUUCAAUGGGUCUUCCUUGUAAGUGUGUUAGAAUGUAGCCAAAGUGCAGUGUUGUAAAUUGCACCAUUGAAAUAAUAGAUAAGUGGUGUUGGCAGCAAAACUUACUAGAGAAGUAUUCUUUGGUUACAUAUAUGGCAAACACAUUGAUAAAUGCUGAUGGAAAGUCUUAGUGAAGUUGGUAGGCUGGCUUCCACAAGUAAUGUGUGUUAAUGCCAUAUGUAUGUGGUGCGUGCAACUGCUUCAUAACAGCAAAGCAAAUCUUUUUAAACUUGCUUUUUAAGGAUUACAGUUUUGGCAACUCACAACUUGAUUUUAAUGGGCUGUUCAUUUAAUGUGCUUGGAAUUACAAAUGGAAGUAAAUUGUAGCUUAUUCUAGAGGAAAUAAAAGGAAAUGGAAUUUGAGCAACUAACUUUGUAAUGAGAGCUGAUGUGUUGUGAUCAGAGCAAAAUGGAUUCAGUGUUGUUUGAGUAGGUUUGGUAUCGUAACUUGUAAGAUAAAUUAUAUUUUGGUUAGGCUGUUCCAACAACAGUGGCUCAUUGCAGAUCACCAGGAAUAAUAUCUAAACACUUCACGUUGCUUUUAAUCUCAUUAGCGUUGAGGAAUAUCACGGCUCUUAUAGAACAAGACUAAAAUCUUAUUACAGUUCAUUGGAAGCAAGUUCCAUUGUACUUGCAGGGACUUACUUUUGAGUAGGUAAGCAUAGGAAUGAACUGUACUUGUUUCCUGAAUUUUAUGUGUUCUCAAGAUUGUUUGUUUACCCCCUCCAAACAAUAAAUAAGUUGUAUGGUCCAAAUUUGCAACACAGUUUAGGACAGAGGUCUAGUGUCUUUAAGGGUUGAAUAAAAGUGUUAAACUAUUUAUGUAAGGCAUAAGAACUGUAUCUUACAUUGAAUCUAGCAGCCUUAGGGCCCUUAAUUAAAGAAAGCAAAACUUUGCAUUGGAGGCAAUUGACAGUGGUUUAGUAUUUCACUGACUAAAAUUCACAUGGAGACAUGUGAUUAAACUUUCCUGACACUGCUUUUUUAGCUCUACCUUUGAUAAUUGCUGAAUAAUUAUUAAAAUAUAGCUUUGCUAGUUCUGUUGUAUAAAAAGAAGAGUAGGGCUGGCUUAUGUGGUUCUCGUUCUCCACCCAUCUGUAGCUCUGAGAAAUGCACUCCAUAUGUAGCCUUUCAAGAUUAAAAGUAAAAGUUUCACUAUGAAUAUCACUGUUAGUUUAACAUUAUAAUUAAUACAUUUAUCUUGGUAAAACAUGUUCCAUCUUUGAAACUUAGAUCUAUUUGCACUUGCUAAAGUAAUUCUGAAUAGUUUGCAAAUUGUGCUGGACCAAGUAAAGUUUCAGUGAGAGUACUAUCGUUGGAACUUAGCAGAAAUCUCCCAGGUCAAAUGCAUGACAUAACUAUGCUGACAGAGCUUUAGUUUUUCACUUAAAAUAAAUCCAUGGUUACUAUACUAUAAUAAAAUUUAGUUUUUAAAAUGUAGGGUUUUUUAGUCAUAAUUGUUUUUAAUAAACUUUGUGAAGGAGACCUGGAACCUAGUCACUUUCUUCCACAAGUCAUGUCUUUGCUGCUUGUGGGGAAACUACCCAUAUGUCCUUUCUUCUACCUGUGACAGUGCAAAAUCUGAUGAUCCCAAGACGCUGACUACUCGGUUUACUUAUGUCUUGCUCCACAAAAAUAUUCUUCCCAUUUGGAUAUGAGCAUGGAAUUGCUAUUGAUCAUUGUGCCUUAUCAAAAUAAUAUACAAAAAUUCUAAACAUAAACAAAAUUGCAAGUGGCAAGAUUUGAAAAGGAAGUGCAUAGAGGAUAUUUAAUAUUUUUUAUUUAGUUAUUCUACAGGACUCUCUUAUGUUAUUCCAUCAGGGUUCUAUAGAAACACAAUCCCUUACAAUGUCAUCUUCUCCAACUUAAAGUAUCAACAAGUAUAGAUGGUCACAACAUCCAAAUUUGUAGUGAUGUGGCUGAUAAUGUAUUUUGUAAACUUCAUUCGUAUACAAAAUAACCACCAAAUAACAUAAAAGGAGUCAGUUCACCCCUCCUUCCUUUCAUCUCUAUUACAUUAUUGGUUGCUUUCUCAGCUAUAGACGACCUCCAUAUGUUUCCUAUUAUAUCAUAGGUCUACUCCCAAACCAGUAUUCUCAUAGCUGUGUUCAGUAGUUCGGCCAGAAUUGUAGCUCUGUGAGAGGUAAAUAUAGUUCCCAGGAUGUUUUCCAUCUUAAUAAAGUACUGCAUUCACAUUUGAGCUAGUUUUGAUAACUUGCUGACUUUAAUAAUUUUGAUAACUUGCUGACUUUAAUAAUGCCUGGGGAGGCAUUAUUCAAUGGUGUAAUUGCAUCAGCUUACCUGGGCUGGAAAGACAUCCCAAAAAUGACUUGGAAAAAGCAGGAAUUUGAAAUUGUAUCUUUAGGAACAUUUGGGAGUGGACUUCAAGUUCCCCUUUCUUUUAAAAAAAAUAUGUUUGCUUGCAAAUAGUGCAGUCCUAAUUAUAAUUCAGAAAUUAUUCAGAAAUUAUUGCAAAAAGACCUGAGUAUGUUUAUAUUUAUGGUCUUAGUGUAGGAUUUCACACCACUGCAGUAGCACAGCUGAAAGAGUUUGUGAUUUUACCAGAUGGACUUGCAGAGCUGGAAAAAAGUGUGUGUGUGAACAUGCAGAAAAAGAAGCAUUAAGGGUUGUGAGUAUGGGUUGUUCAGUAAAGAUAUGGAAAGUGUUGGGGCCAUGCAGUGCUGUUCUGAAAUAAAUGCACUUUCUUCAAGUAGGUAGAAGUUGCAGAUGAUAGCAAGACACAGAAAUAAAAUGCCGAAACAGAAUAGCCACUGCUGGACAACAGUGUAUUUGAUAGAGGAGGAGCAUCCUCAAUCUGUCUCUCUGUCCAGACACCAGGGGCAGACUCUUAAAGUUUAUCCCAGCAUCAAGAGGUUUUGCGGUGAAGAAGAGAGAGGCACAGCUGAGUUAGGUUAGGUCCACCCAGCUUACGCAUCCAAGUUUCAGUAAUACAUGGCAGGUCAGCCAGUUUGAUUGUGGAUGAGCGUGGUCUUAUUAUAAACUGAUCUGACAUUCAUUAAUAGUACCAUCAGACCAGAAGACUCGGUGGAUAAUCUACCAGUAACUUCUGGAAAAGUGGGAGGGCUGAAAUGGGAGACAGGGUAUGCAUUCUAGACCUCUGCCCCAGAUGGUCAGCUCCUCCAUUCAUACCUUGCCCUACUCACCAACACUGACAUCAGGGUAGCAUCUUCUUAACUCGCUGUUACCUGCUCGCCUAGACACAUCUUAGGACUAUCAUCAUAUAGUUGACAGGGCCACAGAUAGUAGACUAAGUAAGGCCCAGUAGUGGACAAAUCCCAUGCUGUCAGUGAGAACACAACUACAGCAUUUGUCCCCCUGUUUCUCACUCAAGGGAAACAACACCAAACCAAACUUCCCCUCUCCCAGGGUCUCACAGGCCUGUCACCCACAGUACCUGGCCUACAAUUCUGUAUCCUGACGCACCCAUACUCCUAUAACUCCUGCAAGUGGAAAUCCCCUUUGGUGUUAAACCUGCUGCCUGCAGCAAGAUUUGCCUUUGUGAGAAGAUGUGCUCUGGAUCACAUCCCAGCUCAUCUAGUCAGUCAGCAACCAAACAACACUGCACUCUGCUGUCAGCCAAAAAAACCUCUUGCAGGCAGGAAUCACACCAAGAAGGAAACUCUCAGACUGAUGCAGGUAAAACACUACUGUCUUGCCUCCUGCGAUUGCAGAUCAGACUAUAAAUGCAGUAUAGAAGAGUGUAUGUAUGUGCAUAUAUAAGAAGAGUGUGAUUGUGUGUACAUGUGAACUUACCUCAGUACAGUUGAGCAACCCUGGUUGUAUUUGUGCUUAUCUUGAAAAUGAAGAAUAGACUUAGGUCAAAGUUUAAUUGGUUAGUGGAUCACAUCAUAAUCUAUAAAACACACACACACCAGAAUGGUUUCUCUUCUUACAAUCUAGUACUUGACUAUUAGCAUAUGUGGAAAGCCGGUUUCAGUCUGUUUCAUGUUUGACAGGUAUAAAUUUGGCACUUGGCUAUGAACAUCUGGUACACUAAUAAGGACCAAUAAUUCUGUUAACAUGGGGGUGCUCACCUCACAUGUGGUCCAGGUCCAGUUUUGGGUUUUGUUUCAAGGGCUUAUGGUGGAAGAUUGGCAUUAGAAUGUGUAUUGUAGAUAAGCAGCACUUUAUUAAAGUAUUUCAGGUGUUUUACUGACAUACAAUUCUGAGAUGAGAGAAAACUAAAUAGUCAGAACACUUGAAAUAUGAAAUCUCAACCAAAAUAAGGAGCAACACUACUGUGUUUUAAAAUUACUGAUUUUAUAUAUACAGUGGUACCUCGGGUUAAGUACUUAAUUCGUUCCGGAGGUCCGUACUUAACCUGAAGCACCACUUCAGCUAAUGGGGCCUCCUGCUGCCGCCGCGCUGCCGGAACACGAUUUCUGUUCUCAUCCUGAAGCAAAGUUCUUAACCCAAGGUACUAUUUCUGGGUUAGCGGAGUCUGUAACCUGAAGCGUAUGUAACCUGAGGUACCACUGUAUAUAUUUAUAAAUAUGUAACUUGCUUUUAAUAUUUUUACUGGCAUUUUUAAUGAAUGCUUUAGAUUGUCUACUAUUAAACCACUUAGACAGGGGGUGUAUUCAUACACACACACACACACACACACACACAAACAAACAAACAAACACAACAUAGAAUAGCAAGAGAACAAGCAAUAAUGAAAAUUUAAGUUUUCACCAGGUUUUGUUGUUGGCUAAAAUGGUUUAGAAAGAACUCUGUCCAAAUGAGGAGCAGCAGAUAACUUUGGAGAGUAAUUAAGAAGAAAAAAGCAAGGGCUGCCAAAUGACAGUGUGUUCACAUUGUCACCUUAGAGUGCAGUAAGGUUGUCCUCCCCACCUUGUCCACUUUACAGCUUCCCCUCCUCCCAGUUGUUCACAUCAGCACAGCUUUAUUAGUGUCGGGUUUGUUUUUGUUUGUGUAUAUACCAAGCAGUGUUGAGGGGACACGGAUGCCUUUACUCUAUGCAAAGGUAUUUACAUAUUGGCUAGAGACAAGUAAAAGCAACUUAAAGACUCCAAGCGGUGUGAAGCUGGUUUGACAAGUUACAACAGAACAUAUGGAAAAUAUAAACAAACAAACAACUAAACAUGCAACUAGACAUAUGGGAAAGCUUUCAGACAGUAAGAGCUGUUAGUGGAAUUGUCUCCCUCAGGAGGUUGUGGACUUAGGUGUUUUUAGCUGAAGAUUCCUGCAUUGCAAGGGAUUGGAGUAGAUGACCCCUGGGGUCCCUUCCAACUCUACAAUUCUAUCAUCCUAUGAUUCUAACAACUCAUCAGGCUGUAGUAUUUUAUAGCAAAGUGCAGACUUGAUCUGCAUUUUGGAUAACGUCAAAUAAACAGGGAUGAAAACGCAGCACUGAAAAUGCAUUGAGUGCACUGUAAAUGGGAAUGUGAGCACAGUCUGAGUGAACACAGUUGUUCCUGCCUUCCCCGUUAUCAGAUUUGUCAGACCAGACAGAAGCAUAUCUUCCACUAUUUUUCAUAAGAUGGCACUCAUAGUGUUAAAAUUAGCCAUACCAAGGAACAUCCACAUUUAAAACUAUCAAGGGGCAGCGGAAAGUGGGAAAUCUAUUUCUAAUUCUACUGCCUUUCCUCCUUUUACAACCUUUCCUUCACAUGAUUGGUCUAAGCACCACUGAUCACAUCAAACAAAAAUGUCAAGAAUAAUGCUUCCUCCCCGAAGAUCUGUCUGCUCUCUCCCUCAACAUAUGGAUUGGCUAUUGUAUUGCUUUCAAAAACUGGGCUGUGAUACAAGUAUACACACCAACCAAAAUAUAGUAGCUUUAUAAAUUAUAUUCUUGACAUUUUUGUUUGAUGUGAUCAGUGGCACUUAGACCAAUCAUGUGAAGGAAAUGUCGUUUUCUGUGAAGUUGUCUUCUUGAAUCUUUUAAGAAAAGCUGCCUAAACUUUUAGAAAGUCUAUUUGAAUGGAAGUUCCAGUGGUACCUUGGUUUACGAACUUAAUCCGUUCCGGAAGUCCAUUCUUAAACCAAAGCGUUCUUAAACCGAAGCGUGCUUUCCCAUAGCAGCGGGGGACUCAAUUUACAAAUGGAACACACUCAACAGGAAGUGAAACAUGUUCUGCUUCCAAGGCAAAGUUCACAAACCAAAACUUCCAGGUUUGCAGCAUUCUUAAUCCAAGUUGUUCAUAAACUAAGCUGUUCUUAAACCAAGGUACCACUGUAUUUACUCAGCUGUUGCUUAGUGGCAACCAUGGCAUGGGGAUGGAACAAAGACUGUGCUGCUGUGGGAGUCCUGUGAAAUAUUAGAACACCAGUCUUUCAUCUAGUAAAUAUGGGAAAGCAUCUAGUUCUUGGGUAGUCCUAUUACAGGAUUUGAUCAUUUAGCAUAUUUCAUAAAACUCCAAUGCUUGCUAGAAUGUAUUCUGCUGUCAUUGAUUUGGUCUUUUCUUUUCUUUUCUUUUCUUUUCUUUUCUUUUCUUUUCUUUUCUUUUCUUUCAAGUUGUUUCAGUCUGCUAGCUUGUAACCAAACUGCAGUCUCUACCAGACAUAUGAUUUAUCUUUCAUAACUUUGUAAGCAUAUGUUGUGGGGGAAUAAAAUAUCUUUUCUGUAGUUCCCAGCUUCAGAAGCCUGUUGUCUUAGAAGGAAAUUCUUAAUUGGAUUAAUAGUCUUUUAGCUAAACUUCUUAAUGAGAAUUAAUGGGUGCGCAUUACAAAUUCCUAAUUAACAAUAGAGAAUGGAAUUGAAUAAAAGACUCCCUACUAUAACUAAAACACCACAACAGCAACUUAAUGUUAAUAAUGCUUUAUGUUAAAGUGGUAUGUCUACAAUACAAUAUGGAUUUAAUUAACCACUGAAUUCAACACAUUGAUUCUCAGUGUACAGUAUAUUUUCUGCUAGCAUUUACUGCAAUGGUUUCUUGCUAAAUCAACAUUAUAAUCCUGCUUUCAUUUCCCACCAGAUGAUGAAACAUGCCUGGGAUAAUUAUAAACAUUACGCAUGGGGAUUAAAUGAACUGAAACCCAUAUCGAAACAAGGACACUCAAGCAAUUUAUUUGGUAAGUAAUAUGUGCUUUUGUACUUAGUGACAUCAUCUGAUUUACUGCUCUGAAGUUAGAGAUUACAUUAGAAGCAUGUGGGCUCUUAGCACAUGUCACAACAGCUGGUUAUCUGUAAAUGGUUGAUUAUUGAAAAUAACCAAAGCAGCAUUGUCUUAUUAGUUUGUUCCCCACUUACAAGGAAGAUCAUACAAGGUAUACUACAGUGUUGCACUCCUUAUAUGGGGAUUUUUAUCCACCAGCAUGACUCCAUAGGGCCCUUGAGUGGCUUCAAGUAUCAAAAAUAAUAAUUUAAAAUGGUAAGGUUAUCAUAUGUUGACUAUGGAACCUGGACAAACUGGUAAAGAUUUUAAGCACUCUUCAAAAUAGGCAUGCUAGCUACGUAAGAAUGGCAAUUAGAAUCAUUCAGUUAAGCUUUUUCUUGUUGUAUUAUCAGCUUUGAACAUCUAUAUCCUUUAUUAAUAGAUGAUAGUUUGCAGUAGGAAUUUCUGGAAUAUUUGAGGGAGCCUUGUUUCUUAAUUUAAGAACUUUCAUAACAGCAACAAAAAUAGCCUUCUUGUCCUGUAGAUCUUUUCUCCUUUAGCUGCUUCUAUUUUGUGCUUAAAAUAGUGGAACCCAAGCUUUUGUUUCAUUUAAUGUGCUUUAGCCAGCCAGAACUCUAACGCGAUAAAUUCAGUUGUCUUUUGGGCUGCAUGUUCAUGGUAAUCUCCAUUUCAUGUUUGGAAACUUCUCUUUAGCUGCUCAGUAGUGAAGUAAAAGAGCCUAAAGUGCAGUAGUGUUUAGAGAGUCAGACAAAGGGCAGGGAUACCAGGUUCAAAUUCCCAUUAGAAUAUAAAGUUUACUAAGUGGUCUUGUGCACUUGGAGCCUAGCUAAUAUCACAGGGUUGUGGUAUGAAAUGGAAGGGGGGCAGGACUACCUUUGAGCUCCUUGGAGGAAAGGCAAAAUAUGAAAGUCAUAGCUGCCAUCAAAAACAGCAGCCCUGUAUCUCCUUCCCUAUAAUGUUGAGGGAAUAGUACAUGCAAUCACCAUCCAGAUUUCCCAGUUCAUGCUCUUUUUACUAUGAUCAUGGAAUUAUUUAUUGCCUUCUAUAACACUGUAUCAAGGCAACGUGUUCCACUUCAUUCAUGAUGAGAGAGGGGGAAAUCUGUUAAAUAUUACCUCGCAUAGGAAUGAGAUAGAGAAAAUGAAAUAUGAGGUUGUUCUUAGUGAAAACAUUUUGCUUGCUGCAAUUCUGCAUGAAGUUUUCUACUCUGGGAAAAAAUCUAGAUGAAAGGCUUUGUUGUAUAGACUAUGUCUUAGCUGCCAUAGUGUACACCUAUGUGCAUUAUGGCAAAUGUUAUGAGAAGCUGAAUAUUUGUUAUGCCACAGUACUUAGAAUAAAUUUAUAUUUCCACUUUUGGAAGAAUUGUUAAAUAUAGUGGAGAGCAAUCUUGGUAGCUGGCUCUUUUGAUUAACAGUUUAAGUUUGUUGCUGCUUCUUUUAAAACUGUGGCCUAAAAAGCCAAGGUUGGAAAGGAAAGGAAACAGCUUUUCUAUGGGGCUUUACAUAUAUUGACCUUGGCACAUGUUAAUAAUUAUUCACUUCUGGCAACAUAGAUUGCAAACUAAACAAAUACCGUCAGGGAAAGGUCUAAUAGCACAGAGAGCAGGUGUAACACCACAUUCUUGCUGAUUCAAUGGUUUAGCCUGGUGUAAUUGAAGAGGCUCUGUUACUUUGUGAGCACCACAGCGCUCAUUGUGGCUGUGUUAUCUGUAGGGUAUGGUAGUGGAUGUAAACUUCACCAUCACCUUUAGGAGCAUCUGUUAAAUCCUUGAUCCAGUGGUAAUUGGGAUACAUCAUCAAUACCCCCAUUUUGGGGAAGGUGCUUGAGAGAGGGUAGUGACAGUUCAAGUACAUGCACUCUUGUAUGAUGCAGAUUAUCUUGAACAUUAUUAGUCUCGGUUGUGAUCUGGUUUUUGGGUCUGAGUUGUCCUCUGUCAUCUUCAUAGAUGACAUUCCUUGGGAGAGGGACAGUGGGAGUGCAAUCAUGUUACUCAUUCUUGAUAUUUCAACAACAUUUGAUGCCAUCAACCAUGACAUCCUUCUGGAUCUCUUCUGUUGGUUGGGAGUUGAAGGCACUGAUCUUCACUGGUUCCACUUCUACCUGCAAGUCCAGAAAGCAGCAAAGGAAACAGCUUAUAUUGUCUACACUGACUGGCAGCAACCCUGCAGCGUUUCAAAUAGGGGAUGUACUUGGCUGUACCUGGAAAUACCAGGGAUUAAACCUAGGACCUUCUGCAUGCAAGGUAGAUGAUCUGCCACUGAGCUCUAGGGACUUUAAAAUGUGCUUGCCCUCUAGUAGUUAGGCUGUGGGGUGCUAUUUUGUCCCCAAUGCUAUUUAUCAUCUAUAUGAAGCUAUUGGGGGUGGCCAUUACAAGAUUUGGAGAACAAUGGCUUCAAUAAGCGGAUGGUUCUAUCUCUCUGUAACGCCCAAGUCAGGAGUCAACAUGCAAGCCCUGAGCUGGUUUCUGGAUGCAAUGGUGGACUGGAUGAGGGCCAGUAAGGUGAGCAUGAAUACUGGCAAGAUGGAGGCACUGUGGAUAGGUAGUCCUCAGGUCCAGAAAAUUUGUCUGGAUGUAGUUUUAUUCCUUCUGAAGGACCAAGCUUGUAGUCAGAAUGUAGUCAUUCAUCUUCAUUACUAGAGGCUCAACUGACUUCAGUAGCUAGCUUUGGUUGGUAUGCCCACUAUGUCUGGUCCUGGGCAAAGAUAAUCUAGCCACAGUGGUCCAUGCAUUGGUAAUCUAAAAAUUUGAUUUCUGCAAGGAUACUAUAUGCAAAAUACUGUGUGUGGUCACAGGGUGGGGAAAUUCCCCACCUGAAAGAAUGGUGUAUUAAAUCAUAGGAAAUAACAGUUUUGAGUAAAAUUACUUGGUAUAUCUGGGUUCAACAAGUUACAGAAUGAACAGGUUCAAACAUGAGUGGGCACAGUGUAUAGAACAAUGAAAUAGCAAGCAGAUGAGAAUUUUUAAAUCCUUUGUCAGAGUUAUGACUACGAUAUUUUUACUUCUAAAGUUAUUUUUGCUGGUCUUUCUCUUUUUAUAACCUUAAUUUUUAUUACAGUUUAGAUCUACAUGUUGUAUGACAUAUGUAUAAAUUGAUUUACUUCUGUGUGCACGCAGAUGUGAAGAUCACUGCAAUGCACUCUGUGAGACUGUCUGCUCUUGAAAAACAAAGUUUUAAACUUAGCCUUAGUUCACAUUGCAUACAUCUUCUUCAUACAAAGAAAAAAACUACUGUCGUACCUUGGUUUUUGAACAGCUUAGUUCACGAACAACUUGGAACUCGAAUGUCGCAAAGCCGGAAGUAAGUGUUCUGGUUUGCGAACUUUGCCUUGGAAGCUGAAAGUCCGGUGGACUUCCAGAACACAUUCUGUUCAAAAACCAAGGUAUGACUGUAUAGGUACCAGUAAAUCUAGUACCAAUGGUAUGAACAAACAUCAAUUUUUUUACAAAUUUAGUUUGGGUUAUAGUAAGUAGCAAAUGUAUAGCAAACCCUGUAUGAGCUAAUUUGUUUCAGGUCCUAAUGGCUUAAGUGAUGAGGUACUGGAUAUAAAACAAUAGCAGAAAAAAGGCAGCAACAAAGAAGUUCUUUCUGAAAUAUAAGCAGAUUUGAGAAUUUAGAUUAAAGUUCUUUUUAUAUUGGAGGCUCAAGCUGCAGGCCAUUGAAUACAGCCUAUCUCUUAGUACUUUCCUGUAAGGCCAUGAAAUGUAAUGCUUUUACUCUGACAAUUUGUUGCUAGUCUGUUGCAAAUCACAGGUCAGGCAAACAUCCUUGUGAGAACUGCUAACCUCCCCUCCCCUCCCCUUGAUGUCUACCUGCUUCAUUAUAUUGUGCAGUACUUUGUUUUGCUGGUGUUGUCCCUUCUCUUUCUUUCUUUCUUUCUUUCUUUCAUUUCAGCUAAGCUCCUUUGUGUGUAGUUCACAUGCAGCCAGGCAAGUACAAGUUCACGUCUUCCAGAGUUCAGGGAAGUGUUUACAGGAAGUUGUAGUGGCAGCUAGUCAGGAAUGAGGCAGGAUGACUACUUACAACAUACUUAUUUCAAAGGCUAAGCUCCUAUUCAUUCAUAUAUAUAUAUAUAUGACAUGGCAUACUUAAAACUCUUCUGCAGAUGCUAAGCAUCACAAUUCAGUGUGCCCUGCUUUUAGAGACUUAAGAAACAUGCUAUUUCAGUGGGUAAAUUGUCCUGCUGGAGCCAUACACUGAAGUUUGUAUUUAUAGCUUAUGCUGAUUUAAUAAGAUAAACUAUUUUAAAUCCAAUAACACUUCUUCUGGCAGCAUAACUAGUUCCAGGAUUUAUUGGUAAAUCAAAUAACUUUAUUCUGUUCAUGCUAUUAAAUUGCAUUACCCUAUUUUGUCCUCUAAAUGAUGUCAUGUCAAGUAGCAUAUUUGUCUUGGAAGGCUUUUCUGAGUUUGUUUCACAGAGGAAUGUUGGUUAAAGAUGGUUAAAGUAUAGGAAUAAUAUUUGAUAUUUGCCUUCAUAAUAUAACUAAACUAAAUUGCUGGAGUGUUGUGAGUAGUACCACUUGAUAAUGCAUUUAUUUCCCUGUAAACAUCCAGGGCUAGUUCCCACCGCUUGACUGCAAGCCAUGUUAUCUAACACAGAAAAACCAAUAGCAGUGGUGUUUGAUUUGGGAUUAUACUAUCUCACACUUGGAAUAAACAUGCAGGCCAACCCAAUGCAUAUUUAAUUAGAGGCAAGUCAUUGGGAGUUACCCCCUUGUAAGUGUACAUAGGGAUGCAGCUUCAAGUAGUAUAAGAGAAUAAAAUUGUAGGUUCUCAUAAUAGGGUAUGCUGAAUUUUUCAACUUUAAAUUUCAAAAAAUGAGGGUUGCUAAAAAGUUGUAACAUGAGUUGGGAAUUCAAAAGAUAUUUUGGUUAAAUAAAUAUACCUUAGUUCUCAAACUUAAUCCGUUCCGGGAGUCUGUUCGACUCCCAAAACCAUUCAAAAACCAAGGUGUGGCUUCUGAUUGGCUGUAGGAGCUUCCUGCACUCAAGCAGAAGCCGCAUCAGACGUUCGGCUUCCGAAAAACAUUUGCAAACCAGAACACUUACUUCUGGGUUUGCGGCAUACGGGAGCUGAUUUGUUUGGCAACUAAGCCGUUUGAGAACCAAGGUACAACUCUAAUUUAGUUUUGAUUUGUACUUUGCAAACAAAUACUGACUUUUUAACAUUUUGUGGAAUUUCCAGUAAUUUAAAACUUGUCAUUUUUUUAAACAAUGUGUGUAAAAUUGCAUAAUAAUCAUUAAAAUGAUUAUCUAGUAAUCACAAGUGUAUUACAUAUGCUUGAGCAUAACAAACAAGUUAAAAAGUGGAAGCAGCAAGAAGAUGAGAGAAGGCUUGUUGAAUAUAAGCAUAGAAGUAGAUUAGAUGAUUCAAUACCAUCAAACGAAAUAAUUUUCUGUGCUGAUGAAAAUGAAUAACACAUAGAUGAUGACCAAGAUGGAAAUGAUGGAAGUUAUGAACUGACAUUAGAAAAGCCAAAUACACCUUCCACUUCUGAUAAAAAGGCAGAGUUCAACACAAUAGAAAUGCAUAAUGUUGGUAUGCAGAGCAUCAGAUAUGGUAUUGUCCUGCUUGCCACAGCUGCCUUUAUGGAUGCCAGCUUGAUCACUGAAGAAAAGAGACUUGCAGUCAAGAGGGCCUAAGAAAAAGUUCUGAAAUCCUUGGCUCAGGAAUUUCAUGUUCUUUGUUAGAUAGGUGAAAUUCACUGCAUUUUCUUUGAUGGCCAUGAAGAUACAACUAAAGUUAUGCUGAAAGCAGACAAUUCAAUCAGCAGUUGUUCCCAGCAUCAUCAUAGAGCAGCAUAUUCUUUCAAGCCAAUUUUCAGCAGUGGGGAGGGUGGUAGGGAAGGCCUCUAUGGGUGCUUCCAGGUGCCACAUUGGUUGGCUCAUGAAUCAGAGCGUGCAAUCUCCCUGUAGGCAAGUGUUACGCUUUCUUUCUAGUUUAGAAUUGAGCACUUGAGAAUUCAGCCAGUUUUCAAGUUCAUGUAUUCAAACCUUUUAAAAGAUGAGGUAUGCCUUUCACUUUCUCUUACUGUUCUUAGUGAAUGGAGAGUCAUAUGUUGGUGUGGGACGUGUGGUUCAGCUUAUUAUUUGUGCUUUUAUUGCUGGUUUUACAGAAAGGAAAUUCGCACUGAUGUGUGUUGUUUCAAGACACUUAUCUGAUUUUGCAGUUGCCAGUUGAGGCCCAUUCAGAAGUUGUUCGCCAAAAGAAUUGCUUACAUUUUCUUUACAUGCUAAUGUUCUUGCAUUGUUUGCAAGAUAUCUCAUAUCUUUUUCUGUAAAAUAUUUGUCGUUGUACACAGCUAUAACAUUUCAAUAGUUAAUGAAUAACAAAUGCACUGUUACAAGAAAGACUUGUGUUAACUGAGGGGUCAGGUAGAGGAGAAAUAGCUAAAAUGAUGUGAUUCAGAAUAGAAAUGCUGAGAUUUUUUUAAAAAAUAAAAACCUAACAAACUACCACCUUUCUUGCACCCAACCUUCUCAUCAUGGUGAGACGCAAUAUCAUGAUAUUCUGUAACAGAAUAAGAGCAUCUUAUAGACAGGGCCUGGAGGAUAAUAGAACUGAGGCACAGUUCUAUUAUUUGUAUUAUUUGAGGAAUAUGGAGUGUGAAGAAAUGCCGCAUGCUUGCAGGGGGCUGUGCAAACAAAAGGGUGGUAUUCAGGCAGUAUAGCAGGAUAGGAAAGAAUCCCAAAUAGUGCUCUUAAUUCAGGGAUCAUAGUUAUUAUUCAACAUAUUCUGUUUCAAUCAUAAGCUUUCUACAAAAUGAAGUAUUUUAUUAUUUAUGGACUGAUAUUUGAUUUGUAGGCCUGUUGACAAGAAAUUUAGUUUCACAAAUGCAGCAGACAACUAGACCAUAGCACACAAGUGUGCAUCAGAUUUUCAGUGCCAUAGAAUAGGACACUAAAGCAAAUUUAAAAAUCCAGUUACUGUAAGGAUUUUCCCUUCAUAAUAUCUGCAACUCUAUUGUAGUUAGUGUAGACUGAGAACCAUGAAAGUUAUUAUGAUCUUUGUCUGCUUUAUAAAUAUUUCUUGAUAGAGCAGCAAAAAAAGCUUAUCAUUAAUUACAAUGCUGGCCCUUUUCAGGUAAUAUUCAAGGAGCAACAAUUGUCGAUGCCUUGGAUACACUGUACAUCAUGGAAAUGAAAGAUGAAUUUAAAGAAGCUAAAGAAUGGGUAGAGAAAAAUCUAGAUUUUAAUGUGGUGAGUAUUGUGUUCUUUUUCUACUGCUUGCACACAUAGUGACAACUCUGACUUGAAGAAUGUUCAGAGAUUUAUUUUUUUUAGCAGUCCUCAGAAGAGAAUCAUAGUACUGUAGAGAUGGAGGGGACCACAAGGGUCAUCUAGUCCAGCCCCUUGCAGUGCAGGAAUCUUUUGCCCAACAUGGGUUUCAAACCCAGAACAGGCCUAGGCAAGUUUCAUUCUAAGCAAGUUACUUAUCUCACCCUUAUGACACUUCUUUUUCUCUUCAAAUGAGACAGAGCUUUAAACUUUAAAUCUUUAGCUAUUUAACACAAUUCAAAUGGGACUUCCAGUAUGUCAUUUUGCUUUACUACCUAUUUAAAAUGUAAAAUCCUUUAGUAAGAAUCUUUUUAAAAGGUAAUUGUGGCAGGUAUAUAUUAUAAAAUAAAAUUUAAAUGCUACUUAAACUGUGUUCUUACUUAGAAAACAUAUGUUAGGUAGACAGUUACUUUAAAAGACCUUCAUAACUUCCUCUGUCCCAAGAACUGCAAACCUGGGUGUCAUAUUUCUGUAGUAAUUGUGUUUUCCCACGCCAUGGGGCUGUUCUAGAGAGGAUCUGAAUGUAAUGCUAGAAUGUGAACAAUAUUUUGUUAGACCAAGGCAGCAAUUAAUGUUCUGCCUCCUAUUCUUGAAGUUGAAAAGUGGCUGUAUCACCUCAGUUUUUCUCAGCAUAUAGCAAUUAAAAUUUCAGGAAAUCCCAUUCAAACACAAAAUUAUAAGCAGCAGCACCUUUCCAUUUAUCUGUUUCCUGCAUGUCUCACUGAAAGAAAAAUCUUUCUGCCAAGGUAUUGUUUGUCAGGUCACUGUGGAAUUUGUAUUUAUAAUCACCUCGAUGUUUCCCAGAAGUCUUUAUGUAUUUAAAUCUAGCCUUUGCUGCAUAUUCUGAUGAUGUUACCAAAGGAAUAUCUAACUAAAUACAUUUUUAGUUUUAAUCCUUCCUAAUAAAUGGGAGUAAUUUCAUGCAAGAUUUAAUGAAAUUAGUUCACAAACAGUGGCAUGCCUAUGUUAUAAAUAGGGAUCAACUAGUUAAUAAACAGGAACCAGAGGGUAGCUAAAGAUGGAAUAAAGUCAUAAAAAUUGAGUGCUGCAAUGUUCUGUAUUAAGACUAACAGCAUUUAGUGUGAAAACUGGAGACAGGGAUGCUUGGUGAGAUAGCAAAACUUGUGGAAGACAGUAUUCAGGAUAGAAAAUUCCAAGCAGACCAUGAAGAGUUCCAAAAGCAGUACCAGGGAAAACGUAGUUUUGCGUAAACACAAAGUGAUGCAGCUUGGGACAUAGAAUUCUAACUUCCUUUGUGAUAAACUUUAAAUUUAUUAUUUCUUUUUUAUGUAAAGUACUUUGAGUAGCCUGCGGCAACAAAAAGCAUCUAAUAAAUGUAACUGAUAAUAAUGAUAGUAAAUGGGCUUACUCAAAGAAAGAAACUUCCAAUGAACAACAACAAAAGACAAAUGGGUGGAGCAAUCCAAUGAUUAAGGGCAGGCUUCCUCAAACUCAGUCCUCCAGAUGUUUUUGGCCUACAACUCCCAUGAUCCCUAGCUAGCAGGACCAGUGGUCAGGGAUGCUGGGAAUUGUAGUCUCAAAACAUCUGGAGAGCCAAGGUUGAGGAAGCCUGAUUAAGGGAGAUGAAGAAUGUGUGAUGGCAGAGCUGCCAAAUUCUGAACAUAGAGUUCUGCAGAAGGUAGAGAGGAAAUAAGUUCACUCCUGAAUUAUCUGAUUUUGAAAGAACAAAGGUGAUCUUAGUAUAGCAUAAACAGACCUUACAUCUGGUAGUUUGCCAACAUCUGGGCAACUAUUCAGUCAGGGGGCCAUAUUACCAAAGUCUGACCCUGGUAAUAACCAGUGCUGACUUGACUGGAGUUGAAAAUCCACAUCUGACCCAGCAACUUUUAGAAAAGGCUUGCUCUGCAACUUUACAGUUCAGUGAGCAAGUACAUAUUCUUCCCCCUUCCCCCACUAAAAAGACAUAUUGGAAGGAAGUCUUCAUAUUCCCCUGCCACUUCCUGAUUCUAGAUCUGCUCCUGUGUACGAGACUAGGUUUUUUUAUUUAAAAAUUAUGUUCAAAAUUGUGGGUCGUCUUGUACAUGGAUACAAUACCCCCCCCCAUUUUCUCAAUUUGGAGUCCCCCAAAAUAGGGGGCAUUUUAUACAUUGAGGCAUGUUAUAUAUGGAAGAAUACAGUACAUUAUUUCUCUUUCGUGACCUUUAUGGUAUAUUUGAUAUAGAAAUAGGUUGCUGACAGACAAUUAGUGUUAAAAUCCAUGAUCCCUGUGUUACUGCAUACUGAUUUUCAACUGCAUUCAUCAGAUAUUUUAUUUCUUACAUUUACACAUGAUAUAUCUUGAUAGUUUUCUGAAGCUUGCGAGAGGGGAGAGAAUAUUUUAAGUGCCCCCCACCAUCUUGGAUUUGAGACUUCAUUAUCUGCUCAUAGGGAAAUCUGAUACAGGCUUGAAUAAGACUCCUCAUUGUCUUCUCCCCCACAUUCCCAUUCAAAUGCAGACUGGUUUCCUAGAAGUUAAGUAAAGCCUCUUCAGCUUCUCUUCAAAUCUCUCUCAUCCACAUGUUUUCCCAGGGUGAUGCUAGCUUGCCAUAAUGAGCUUAAGGAUAGCUCUCCUAUUAAAUACAGAGCUUUCAUGUCUACGCUGACUACAAUCUCUUGCUUCAUUUGUUCCACAUGCCUCAGUGGAUUGUGUAACAUACUCUAGAAAUGCUAUGGUUUGUACAGUUGUUAGCUUCAGCAAAUCUGCAAGGUUUAUUUAGGGCUAUAAUUUAAAAUGAUAGUAUCCUUAGAUUGUAUGAGAGAAAGUUGAGUAAUAUAUGAUAAAAAGUUUUAAGUUUUUGUGAUAUCUUUUCUCUCCACAUUGAAAACAAAAUUUAUCAUGUUAUGGAAUUAAUAUACUAAUAAAGAGAGCUGUAGCUGUAUGCAAAGUUUUUGCCUUAUUAUAAAAAAAAUUGGCAUAAGCUAGGCAGUAAUUAAUGGCCUAACUACAUGUUAAGCACAGGCUGUUGUUUUUAAGUGCUUAAUUUAGCUUUCUGGAUGAAAAUCAGCUCCAUAGAGUACUAAACAGAAGAAUCGCCUACAGCUGCCAGUUCUCCACCAAGAAGUUAUUCUGUGGUUGCUCCUGCUCCUGGCAGUGCUGUUUAUAGCAGACAGUCCAUUCAGAGGCAAAUAGGAGAUGGGAGAAUUUGGAUGAGAAACCACUGCAGAGUCCCAGUCAAGAUCAGGAUCAUGUGAAUAGUGUAACAAGCAAUACAUGAUAUAUUAAUUGUUGUAAAAUGGUGUAACUAUUUGCAACAAAGAAAUGGGCAUAAAGAAUCUAGGAAGAACUGUCUUCUCUGGAAAGACAGGGAAUAAUAACAACAUCCUGAAAAUGUGUUUGUCCCAUAGAGGUAUGAUUCACAAAGAGCUUUUGCCAAUAAUCCUAUUCUUAGGAGGUUUUUUAAAACAAAAACGUAGUGCUGUGGACAUGGUAAGGGUGUGAGGUUCAAAUGAUUUUAGUAGUCUGUUAAACUCUUCCUUAGGUGAACUAUUUCCUUCAUUGUGGAAACAAAUACAUUUUCUUAGAAUUUAACUGAUGUUUCUGUCUUUGUGAAGCAUCGUUUUAUUUCUGCUUCUGGAUAUAAACUUUUUCAUACUGCAUUUUGAAGCUUAAAACUGGCAUAAACACUGAAUGCAAAUUGGGCAAGAAUUAUGCUUAAAUCUUUGGAUAGUGUAUCCUCCUGGAGGCAAAGAGUUCAUAGUGACAUCCCUGUCUGUGAUAUGGAGCCAAGUUUGUAAAAAAUCAUGGAUACAUUUUGUGUUUAGUGAGGAGAGAACCUCACCGUGAGCUUGGGUUCAAACAACGUGCUCAGCCAAACCUUGACUUAGCUCAGUGCAGCACAGGAGUUAAAAGCACCAGGAGGAGCAAAGCAGCUGCAAGCUCCUCUCGAGGUGCCUGCCAAAAUUGGCUUACCAUGUCAUGCAAACCAGACCCUAGAAACAACUGGAGACUACUGCAGACAUUGUAUUUCCUUUUCAUGUUGAAAAUUCACUAUAAUUUACCUAAAAAUGUAUUGUAUUUGUAUUCAUAGAAUGCAGAAGUUUCCGUUUUUGAAGUGAACAUUCGCUUUGUUGGUGGGCUGCUUUCAGCAUACUACCUUUCUGGAGAAGAGGUAAGAUCAUUUAUGGUCUUCAAUUGUAGCUCUAAAUCUAUAAUACUGAGUAACAGGUUAAAGUCCAAAGUUUGGCUUAGGGGACUGGAAGUUAGCCAACAACACACCAGGGACUGGCUAAUUGGAGAAAUGCUGCAAGCACAUAACUCUAGUGCUCAAAAGCUUGCACUACCUCCUCAUACACUACCAGGCUGGGUUCAAAGCCAUUAACAACUUGGGUCUGGGAUGUCUCAAGAAUGGGAAGACCUAAUCGCUGAGCUCUUCAAGAGAGUCAUAGAAUCAUAGAGUUGGAAGGGACCCAAGGGACAUCUAGUCCAACCCCUCAAUGCAGGAACUUCAGCUAAAGCAUCCAUGACAGAUGACCAUCCAACCUCUGCUUAAAAACCACCAAGGAAGGAGAGUUCAUCAUCUCUUGUGGGAGUCUGUGCCAUUCCCAGACUCUCACUCCCAAAGUUCCUGUAAACUACCCUGUAUGUACAUACUCCAAAUGAGUUCAUCCCCCAUAACAAGUGUGCAAAUAACUUUGAGAGUCUAGAAAGGUGGGUGUCCCCUUUUUCUUUCUUACAUACACAGUAGUUGAAAAAACAAAAAUGUGAAUUCUUUUGCUUUUCUUUGAGAAGUCUUGGGAUAUCGUUCUUAGGGUGCCUGAUGCAGGUGGCACUGUGGGUUAAACCACAGAGCCUAGGACUUGCCGAUCAGAAGGUCGGCAGUUCGAAUCCCCGCGACGGGGUGAGCUCCCGUUGCUCAGUCCCAGCUCCUGCCAACCUAGCAGUUCGAAAGCACGUCAAAGUGCAAGUAGAUAAAUAGGUACCGCUCUGGCGGGAAGGUAAACGGCAUUUCCGUGCGCUGCUCUGGUUCGCCAGAAACAGCUUAGUCAUGCUGGCCACAUGAACCGGAAGCUGUAUGCCGGCUCUCUCGGCCAAUAAAGCGAGAUGUGCGCCGCAACCCCAGAGUCGGCCACGACUGGACCUAAUGGUCAGGGGUCCCUUUACCUUUACUUAAGUGUAGGGUGGCAGCAGGGCAGAGAGACAGUGAGCUUGCGCUGUAUCAUGCUGCCUAAAAUCAGGACAACUAUUUUUCCCUGACGGCAGGAUUCAGCUUAUGAGUCCUGUCAACAGAGACCUUGUGCAAAGACUUCUAUUUGCACAAUGGGGCUUCUCCCUGGUCAACUCCCCACACUGCUCCCCACCUCCAAAAUUUGCUCGGUGGGGACUUGGGAGAACCAAUGGAACAGCGCACAACAGGAGAGAGGAAAUCUUCCCAUGCAGCAAAUGUGGUGUUCAGUUUCUCUGAAUUUCUUUCUUGAUACUGUGCUGUAGACUCCAUCUUACUUGUGGUAACACUUACACCAACUUUACACCAUCAGGCAACUUUGUCUGAUAGCCUCCGCUUUACAUCCACAGUUUUCUGGUCCCACAGCAAACUUUGCUUAUGUUCCAUACAUUACACCAUUUUGUGGUUAUCAGUAUUAUAGCCAUAUUUUAUUAGGAUCUCUGAGAUUGCGAAGUAAUUUGACUUAUCCUAAAUGUAAUUUGGCUUAUAAGAAUGGAGACCUUUUCAUGUGUCUCCCUGAAAGAAUAAAUUACUUCAACUACUUAAUAGAUAAAACAGUAGGAAAAUGACAUUCCAAUUAACUUUUAACACCUGCAUACAAAAUUGGAUUGCUACUUAAAAGAUGCAACAGUUCAGAGCAUUGAAUUUGGACAUUAUUUACUUAAGGUCAAUACCAGCUUAUUGAAACUGAAGAAAAUGCUAGGGGUGUGUAUAAACCACAAAAUUCGGUUUGGACCCCACUUCAUUGGUUUGGAAAAGAGCAACAUUUGAUCCCUUCUAAGUGGAUGAAUCCUGCCAAAUUUCAGAAGGAAAGCUGUAGCAGUUCUGCAAGACAGCCUUUACAGAUUUCACAUUGUGGUAACAAGGCUAUCGGGUUGGGUCUAUGGCCCCACCUAGUGGUUGAAAGGCAGGACAACAUAUUGGGAUGUAGAUUGCGCCCAAUAUGCCUUCGGCGAAAGCUGUACACAUCUUCUCUGGCUCCUGUUACUGAUUUCUCCUCAGGUGUUUCCUCUGUCUCUUUAAAGCUUAUUUUUUCUAAUUAUUCUUUAUAUGAGUGGUGUGUGGCAUGAUGUGUUUUCCAGAGUGUUUUUGUCUGUUUGGUUGGUAUGAUUGAGGGCUAGUUGUUGUUUUUUCCUCCUCAGCUUUGUCUUUUACCAGUCACCAUUUUGUUUGGUUUCCCUGUCCACCAUCUUUACUGCUGGCUUGUUCCUUUCCUUUCUUGCCCGCUUUUCCUUUGCCUAGCGUGUGUGUGAAUCCCUAUUGUGUGUUCCCUUUCCCCCUUCCCUUCUGUCUUCUACUGCUUUCGGAGAAGAGAUUGAAGUGAUUUCCCAGACUUUGCGUCUGAUACCACUUUGGGGCAUCACCAUCACCUGGGUAUUCACCCAUACAGCCUGUUGGAUUAACCACACCUAUAUUCUUGGUGUGUGUGUUACACCUGAGCUGGCGGGCACUUUACUGUAGGGCAACAAUUUUAUUAUGAAGAUGUUGUACAUUGUAGAGGUUUCCCUAGGAAAGUAACUUGCAGAAUUUCAGGACGUUGAGUGCCGUGGCUAGGGAGUUAUGAUGAAUGAAAGAAACAGCUUCAGGCUUGUGUUGUGCUCAGUUGGCACCAAAAGUCACAGAAACUAAGCACAAAGCUGAUUUGAUAGGAGUGGAUAUUUUUGGCAUGUGGCACAAAGGCAGAAGGGCUUUAAUGUUCAGUGUUUUCCAAGCAGUCACCACUGGCAGAGCACAAAGAAUUGACAAAGCACAGAAAAGACAAAAACUAGGUGAUGUUUUCAGCAUCCCGUCUCCCAAAGCAGUGUGAUUGGAGAGCCCUGGUAAAAUGAUGUCCUCUGAUUAAAAGCUAGACCUGUCUGUCACAAAAGACAUGUCCCUCUCCCAGCUCUGGCAUUUUUCUUCUAUGACAAACUAGAGGAGAAUUUUUUGGAGACUCAGUUUGCUGUGAUUAAGCAUCUGAAUUCCCAUAGUGCUUUGUAGAGAUCCACUUCAGACAAACCCUUUUGAAGUGACUCUGCUUUGGUUCUUGAUUCAGGAUUUGUCAAUUGUUUGUGCAGUCCUAGAUAAUUCAAUUUUUGUGACGCUGAACCUGCAUUUUUGUUUCGUUGGAAUAAAUGUUUUUCUGUUUGUCAUGAAUUGACCUUAGAUCAGCUAAAGAUUGCAGUCCCUGAUGUUCUAAAGCCAACAAAACAAGUAUUGACCAGUUAGAUGUAAAGUUUUGUUCUGCUAAGAGAUUAAAGGUUGAUCAGGCAAAAGAUUGUGUAUGUAACCAAGUAGGAAAACUUACAGGGCACUUCGUGGAACUUUCAGUGUCUCCUCCAGACUAAGGUUCUUUUCAAGUAAUAUGUAGAUAAGAAUUUUAUUUAGAGCAAUGACUUUCAUGUGCAUUGAGUUAUCUGCAAACUCUGUGCCCUGUCUACAUUUUUCAUUUUUCUUCUCUGUGUUUUUACAGGGAAUUUUAGUUACAUUUUAAAAAAAAUAUCUUUCCUUAGGUUUAUAAUCCGUUUGUGUCAUUCAGAUAGGUAAGGCGUCUGUUAGCAGAAUGGGGAAGGAAGCAGUUUUCAGCUAUUCCCCCUUUCAUCAACCUCUCUCUAAAUUUACUCCAGAUCAUCCUCCCAGUCCUUCAGAGCAGAUUUAGGGAGGCAUGGCGGAUUGCAGAGAGAGAGAGAGGGAGUAGCUGAAAAGUACUUCCUUCCCCAUUCUGCUAACAGAAGUUUUACUGUCAGCUGAAUUAAACUUUUUUCCACUGGGUUUUUGCUCCUCUUCUCAUAAGAUAACAAAACCUAAUUAGCAAAUUGCAAUAGUCAUUUUUGGUAAUGUGAGCAAAAUCUGGACAUAUGAAGUGUUUUCUGUUCCUAACUCUGCUUUGUGCCAAUGUUAUUCAUCGUUCUCCUUUCAUCUUUAAGUGCUGGUGAACAGAGGCAUAGAUUAGAGGCAACGGAUUCAAGUGGGUGAACUGUCAGAUCCACUCAGUUUAGUUACCAGCAUUCUUGAAACAACCUACCUGUGCACAUGAAUGAAAUUGGCAAGUCUUGUCUAGAACCAGUACCCUGAUGUGGUGAUAGACUGCCACUUGUCUAUCGGAUGGGUUUGAAGGAUGGCCACUAGAGCACAUGCAAAUAAAUGUGUGAAUCAUUGGUGGUAAAUCACAUUAGCUUGAUUAAGUUUGAUUUUAUGUUGUAUGCCUCCCAGGGAUCACUAUGUGAAGGGUGGGUUUAUAAAUUGGGAACUAAAUAAUAAAAUGCAUGAUUGUCUGAAUGAAGAAUAGAGUUGUAUGUUGGACAUAAUUUUUAUGGCUUGAUGAAAAGAGGAAGUGUGAAAUUAUUUUUUCUUUGUUGGAGUUAUGGAUUUUUUAUGUUCAAUUUUUAUUCUAUUUUGUUUUUCAUAUAUGUAAUCUGUUCUGGGGUCUACAAGUGUCAUAAAUGAAUGGAUUUUCCAGGAUCCUUUCCAAAAAUGUUCAGCUUUCACUUAAAAAUUAGAACAAAGCUUCUAACUCAUUUUGUUAUGGGAAAGUGUCCAUGAAGUAUUCCAAAUCCUACUUACCAUGUGUUGGACUCUGACCUGGGAGAGUUCCACAGCUCCAGGUGAAUUAGAGUUUAUUGUUUCUUGAUUUGUCUGACUAUUGCUGAUUUUAAUUUUACAGGUAUUUCGGAAGAAAGCAGUAGAACUAGGAGAGAAACUGCUUCCAGCCUUUAACACGCCAACAGGAAUUCCUUGGGCAUUGUUAAAUAUCAAAAGGUAAAAACAAGGAAUAGCUUCUGUUUGCCCUUUAUUUAUUGGGAUGGACAAUCAGGCGACAAUUUUCUGUAUUAUCUUACCUUUUAGGCUCCUGGCUUGUGUGAAUACAUAACAUGAGAUGAUACAUAAUUGCUCUCUCAUUUUCCUCAUUUGUUGCAAUUUGCAGACAUUCUGCAAACUGAAACAACUUUUGUGGUCUCAGUUGAAUAGAAGUCCAGUCUUCUCAAAGUCUACUCUGAAUAUUUGUAAGGAGGUAGUGAAGCCACAGUAUUCUAAGUUUAAAGUUAAUAUGCCUGAAUUUCACAUUGAGACUUUCUAAAAUUGGUGUAACUUAAUUAUUUCAAUUCUUUUCUUAAUUUACUUCAACUGGCAAAUGGUAAAUUAACUAACUAACUAGUGUAUAUUUUUUUUAUGCACACCCAUGUUCUUAUGUUGGUCAUCUUUUUAUUCUAUCAUACAAUAGCAAAUUGUACAAAAGACAAAAAGGUGACCUGCAUGAGAGUCAGCUUUUGAUGCAAGGACAGUGCAAAUAUUUACUCUUCUUUUUAUUGCAAUUUUUAAAUCAAUAUUUACUAAUUGCACCCUCCUUCUCAAAGUGUGUGACAUGGCGAAAAUAGACAGACUUGAGGGAACUCAAGGCUUGUUGAAGUACCAGAUUUGUUUUUAUUUAUUGUUUUAAGAAAAAACCUUCAGAAGAGAAACACAAACCGCUCAAUGAGGAGUGAGCAUGCUCAGAGGGCACAGAAUGGUGACUGACUGAGGGGUGGAGGGUAGAAUUCAAAACAGGAAGGGGAAUUGAAUGGCUUAUGCUGAAAAGGAAAUCACUAGCAGGAAUACUGAAUGGGAACACACUACACACUGUGACUUUGUUAGGGAUCACCCUUAUAUUCAGUCUGUUUUCAGGUUUCUUUGCUACUUGGAAGGGUUGUACAAACUGUUGACAGUAGAAGUCAGUAGGGCUGUGUUACUGACCUGUCUUCCCAAUGCCAACAGCUAUGUUGAAUGAAUUGCCUUUUAAUCUGUUUGACUUCCCUGCGGCUUUGGAGUGGUUCUGGUACUGAAUCUCCCUAUUAUACAAGAUGCUGUUGUAGGGGGAUUUAGAUCUAACAGAUUUCUUUUUCAGAGAUAAUUUAUUAUCAUCACAUGGCUCAUAGAAUAAUAGAUUCAUAUUCAUGGUUCUCUGAUUUAGUGUUCAGCUUGCUUUUGCUUUAGGGAACUGCUUUAAGGCUGGCUCUCACUGUUACAUAUAAUCUUACAGCUUUCUUAUAUUUUAUUCCCCCCUGCUAUGUGUGAAACUCCAGGAAGAAUGAUUAAUCAAACCCUUAGCACAUAAAGCAAUGGGAAACUUGUAUUGUUUGCCUUUAUUAAUCAGUGCUGCAUAAGUGUAUUCUGAAAGAUGAUAAAAAGUAUGUUUGAGAUUUACAGGAGCUGGAAUGUACUUCCUAACGAGGAACUAAGCUAUAAACUCAAUACCUAAAGAAGUAUGUACGUACUUAAAAUGCACUGGGAUCUGGAUUUUCAAUAAUUAAAUUGCCUUCAUGUACCUGCUUCUUGAAUGGAAUAACUAUUGUGCUAAUCUAGGAAAAGACUGACUAAUCAUAUUUAAAAGCAGCAUUUUUUUGUCCGACAUGUUUAUUCAUUCAUAUAUAAACAGAUGCAUUACACACAAAACAGUAAGCCAAGGAUGACUAUAAAGAUCUAAAUCAGCCAUCUGUACAUCUGAGGUAGUUGGGUUCACGCCACAGUAAGAGACCAAACAGCUUACGGCUUUUUACUGAUGGGAUGUGUUGGGGCAAGUGUAUGAGAAAGAUGGGAAAAGCUAUGGUUUGCUCCUCCUAUCUUUCUCAAACACAUGCACAUUUCUUCAGGGGUGUAGCAUGGGUUGCCGGUGCCUUGGGCGGGGCAAGUGUUGUGCCCCCUAGUGGACUGGGCAGCAGUCAGUCCCUUCGCCAGCCAGCAUCCAAUCAAGGGAAUCUCUCCUUGCAAACUAGCCCCAACCUGAGGGCAGAGAAACGUGAAGCCAGGAGCUUCACUGUGUAACCUCGUCCUCCUGUCCCUGCAGCGAGGUGCUCUGGGCAACGCACGUGGCUCUGGCAGUGCUUUCUUCAUCCCUCCCUCUUGGCCAUCCCAGGGGCGGAGCAUGCACAAGUGUCCCUUUGCCAGCCAUGAGGAAAAGGAGGUGCUGCCCCAGCCCUGAAGGCCCGGCCUGUGCACGGUUUGCCUCCCCACAGCUCCGGCCUUGAUGAGGGAGCUGGUGGUGAUGGUGCCUGAUUGCACCCCCUCAGAAAUUUGUGCCCAGGGCUACACCCUUCCUUCCCCCCGCCCCCCACUGCACUACUGCAUUUCCUCAUUCAUGCAUGGAACAAAGAUUGGAUGUUCUCAUUUACUGAGUUCAGUGGAACUUACUUGAGGUAAAUGUGCAUUUAAUUGCAACCUAAAUGUAUAUGUAGGGCAAGAAAUAACUUAUAGUUUCUGUUGAUUCCUGCAGAUUUGCCUACAACUGCAGGUGAAAUAUUCAAAUAAUUGGAGAAACUCCAUAAUUAUUCUUUUCCAUUCAGUUGUUUCACCAAAGUAGCUAAAUGUUUAUGAAAUGUAUGUAAAUACAGUAUUAUUAUUUUUUUAAUGCAUAUUUCUGCUACUGGCUGAAAUUACCCAUGCCUGCCCCACAUUUGACGUGCUUCAUACACCUUGGCUCCAGCUGAUUAUCUGAAACUCUUCAGCAGCACUAUUCCUGUAAUUUGUUACAAAAAAAUCCCUGAAUUUAAGCCCACAUACUUUGAAAGCAUAAAUACCUGAAGAAUUUUAAUGAAUGCCCCUCUGGCAGGAAGAAAGUGCAGAUCUUUGUUUCUGUCCCUCUGGUAUUUUCAUCUCUUUGACAGUUGAGUUUGCUAUCUUUAUUUCAACCUAUGCAUAAAAAAUAGUUAUUAGUUUCUUGAACUUAUCUCAUGGUGAUGAAAGUAAAAUAAAUCCCAGACAUGAAGUGCUGCACAUUUUUCUUCGGGUUUCCAAGUAGGCACUGAGCGGUGUUGAUGUAUCUCCAUUUUGUUGAGAGAGAAUAAUAAAUCAUAAGCAGCUAUGAAAAUAUACAUAGCUAAAAGUUCAGUCCCAUGCAUAUUUUACCUAGCUGUCCUACUGUAUUCAGUGGGCCAUAGUCUUAGGAAACAUGCACAGGAUUGCAGACUAAAUCUCUUGCUACCAGUUCUUCUACUGUAAUUUAUAUUUAUCUAGAUAAGAUUUUUAAAAACACUUAUACACAUAAUUUAAGAUGGUUUACAACAAAUAGAUCAGAUUCACAUUAAAGCCCCAGUAAAGGCAAAAUGCAUUCAAGAACAGCUGAAAAGAAACAGGAAGCAGAGAUAAAACUGUCUCUUCAGAUAGUCCAUCAGCAAAAGCCAGCUGAAAGAAAAGCAUCUUCACAAACCCAUGGAAAACAAGAGAAUGAACAACCUAGGCUUCAGCAGACAACAUGUUGCACAAUGUGGGGGCUGCCCACUGAGAAGGCCUUGCUAUCUCCACAGUAAAAUAAGUCUCCCUGAUGGAUGGGAGUCUCUCCCAUAGCUUAGCAACACACAGGCGAAGGCAUUCCAUCAGAUAUCUUAAGCCAGAGCCAUUUGGGGUUUUAAAAACCAUCUCUGAUAUUUUGACUUGUACAUGAAAAUAAAUAUGUAACCAGUGCAGUUGUCACAGGAUAGGUGUAGCCUGAUCCAGGGGUGAGCUCCCACUAACAUUCUUGCUGCUCCAUUCUGGACUGGUUGAAGCUUCCUGUAGUCUGCAAAGGUACCCCCAUAUAGAGUCCAUUGCCAUAGCCAGGUCUGAUUUACUUUCAUGCAAGGAUGUACAUGAUAAUAUAAGCAUAUUGAGAAUAUUUGUUUUGUUGCAAAAUAGUGUCUUGGCCAGGAUCAUUUUUAUAUCAAGUUUUGCCCAAGGCCUCAAAAACUGAAUUCCAUUUUGUUCAGCUGACUCUUGAAAGAGGUUGCCUUAUUGCUUUCAUCAGAAAUUUCAAAGUAAACGCAUCGUGUAUUGAACUUGUGGACCUAGAAAUCCUUGGUGCUUUCUAUUUUGGAAGUUCUUAUUGUUAACCACAAUGUAAAAUAAGUAACAGAAGAUUCACACAGAAAGCUUUUUAAUGUAAUAUUUGGUUUCUAUUUCACUGGAAGGUCAAUGCUUUGUUUAACAGCCCAUGCUUUGUAUCAGGUAUAGCAUGAAGUAUAAUAUCCUAGUUUAAAGUUUUGAAAAGAGACUCCAUUUUUAUACAACUUUCUAUUUUGAAAAUAAACUACAUGGAUUUUUUGCCAUAAUGGCUUUAGACACCUUUGAAGAAAAGAAAUACAGGUUUCGCAUCAGUUAUAGUCACGUCAAGAGUUCACUCAUGUGGAUAACUGAUUCAUGAGCAUAACUAGCCUGAGAUGACAGACUAGUAAGUUCCAUGCAAGAGCUGGAAGAGAAUACCAAGGAUGGAUGCUGGUUCAGUUUUCAUCACAUAAAGCUGGCCAAGUGUGACAAGGAGUCAACGUCCAUUGGGCAUAAGCACCUUUGAACUAAUUUGGGCUUAUUUCAUAGGAUUGAGGCUGUUAGAGAAGUUCACUCAAGGAAACAUGUGACAGUAAUGUAUGGUACUCUGGAGGAAAGAGAAGAUCUGCUUGGGAAGGGCUAGUAUCUCUAAGCCUUCUCCUUCAUGGUCUGUGUAUAACGAGCUUAUUGCUAAAUUGGGCAUCCUUUCAACUUGCAAUAGUACCAAAGCAGUGCAGAUAGGUUAAAUGUGCUAAUAUUGAAAAGGAACUGAAUAAUACAUUUUAUUUUGGCUCCAUCCUAUAGUUACAAAUAGCUAAUUUAGGUGAACAGCACUCUUUGGAGGGUAUUCAGGUUCACAUAAAAAUGAUUUGGUAAUGCAGCUCUUCUAAGUAUUGUGAACUAGGCAUACUCCAAAGGAAGUGCUGCUCUGACUGCUUAACAGCAUUAACAGGAAAUAAAAGCAAAGUACACGUGAACAUUGAAGAGAUGCAAAUGUGAUUAAAUAAGAGACUGCGUAUUAGGGGCUUUUUAUUGCGUUUAGCAUUUAGUAUUCAGGGCUUUUAUGUUUCUUGUCAAGCUACUACGUAGUUUAUGAUGUAACUUUUAUUUCUCAAUCUCACAUCACUUUUUUUUUCCUUUUUAGUGGCAUUGGUCGCAACUGGCCCUGGGCUUCAGGAGGAAGCAGUAUUUUGGCGGAAUUUGGAACUCUGCAUUUGGAAUUUAUGCAUCUAAGCCACUUAUCUGGAAAUCCAGUGUUUGCUGAAAAGGUUAGUUAAGAGUUUUUGCCAGUAGUUGCAUCACACUUUUGGAAGUGUGACAAUUGCCAGUUGUCGGGAAUAUCUCCAUUUUUGUUCUUUGGAUCCUCUGAACUUAUUUUCUGAGUACAAAUGAUUUGGUUUCCAGCACUUCUUUCAAAUGUUUUAUGAUAGUAGGAUGAUAGAAGUGUACACAUUUUAAGUAUCUUAGGUUGACCUUGUACUGCAAACAAGGGAGAGAAAGCGUGUGUGGAUUUUCUCUGCAUUAGGUUUUUUUGUAUCCAGCUUGUUAGUAGUUUCACAGGUAGUAAUCAUCCCUAAAUCAUGUUGUGCUUGCCUGUUAUGGCACAACAGUCUGUUUUAGGUGCUGAUUCAAAAGAAAUGUUUUCCAGCUAACUUGAGUGUGGGAUAAAAAACAUAGGGCUUAUUAGGUAUAUUUCACCCCAUCAGAGGAAGCCCUGUGUAGCUGCUUUUGCAGUAAGGCCUCCCCUUGUGUGCCCCCUGCACCCAUGAAAUUGGCUCUGAAGUGGUUGGGUGAUCCCCUAGAGUAGCACAUGGGGGGAUGGACACCCUUCCGCCUGGCAAGCUGAUAUAGUUGCUCAGAUGAAACAUUUGUAAUAGCCCAACAUGAAACACAACCCAUAAUUGCCCCCCGAUACAUUCUGUAUUACAAACAUAUGCUUCAUUUGUAUAUAAUGAUAAGCAGUUAACAAAUUAGCCUGUUCAUCCAGCCCAGGCUCUUCCACUUCUCUGCUCUCUUAGUAGAUCAGGGAAACAAACCAUACAGGGCUGCUUUGUCCAAAGCAGCACUCUUGGUUUGCCUCUCUCUCUCUCUCUCUCCCUCCCUCCCUCCCUCUCUCUCUCCAAACCACAAUCUGCAACUAAGAACAAACCUUGGCUUCGGGUUUAGAGAGUGAAACAAACAGCUGGUUUGGAUAUAAUGCUAAGCCAACCAGUUUGUGGUUUGUUUCCUUGCUCAGCUCAAGGAGCAGCAAAACAGGAUUGCUAGGACAGCAAGCAGCUUGUGCACAGGUUAUUUGCAUUUUUUAACUAUAGUUACUGAAUACCCAAGUUCAAAUGCAGCCAUAGGUUCUCAAACAUAUAUUGAGGAGUUACGGAACCAGAUUACUUUGCAGCUAAUGUUCAACACUAAUCUAGCAAGAAGUCAUUAAUUAGCUACACAAAAUAGCUCUGGACGAUGUCCAUCCCAGUAUGGGCUGUGUGAGAGAGUGGGACGGGGGAGAGUGCAAGCCAGUAUAAAAUGAUGGCUUGAAUCCUAACAACUCAUCUGCAAAUGGAAGGGUUGCUUCUGUUUAUAUAGGCAACUGGAAUCCUGCAGAAGGUCUGGUUGGAGUAUGGGCGGGGCAGCAUUUUUGUCAAUCUCCUCUUCCCAUUUUGUUGCUUCCCAUGAUUUUCAAGCAGAUUUUCAAGGGGCUGCAGUGGGAAGGAAAGAUUGGCAAAAAGCCUUUCCUCUUUCCUCCUUCCUUUUCACUGUGGAAUGUGUCCCAAAAGCAAAACUCUGCUCAUGAGACUGUCAGCAGAAGUUUAGUUAGAAUAUAAUCCAGUACUCUUGAAAGAGUUGCUUCCCUUAAGUUUGAAUAGUCAUACAUUUCUUUUCUUUUUGCAAAGAAUAAAUUCUUUAUGUAAAAUACACCAAAAAGUGUGCAUUUGAAACACCAUGAUUGUUUUUGUUAUUUGACAUAGGUUAUGAACAUUAGAAAAGUUUUAAAACGAUUGGAUAAGCCAGAAGGUCUUUAUCCUAAUUACCUAAAUCCAAGUAGUGGUCAAUGGGGUCAACGUAAGUAUAUCAUUUUCACUGGCGGUAUGCACACAUUUCCGUUAUUUUGUUUAAAGACAAAACGUUUAAAAGACUUUUUAAAAAGCUACUUGAACUAUACUGUCAAUGUGGCUUUUCUUUGUCCCUUCAUUACUUGUGUUUGUUUAUAAAAUGUACACUAAAUAUACUCUGAACCAAAAUAAUUAAGAUAGUUUUGUUUUCAGGAAAUAUAAAUGCAUUUUCAUAAUUUAUAAGUGGUUAUAGCAAAGUUGUUCUGUUCAUGCAAGCACAAUGAAUCUCCCCUCCCUCUCCCAUCUCCUCUGGAGGGAUUUGGGAACACUCAGAAAAGAAUGGGGAGGGUGCAUGGGGGAGAAGAGGGAGGGGAAAUUAUCUUGCGCAGGUGGGACUCAUUUUGUGAAUGGGACAAUUCCUUUGGACACAGUUCAUUACAAAUGCAGCAGUCAUCUUGAGAGCACAUGUAUCUAUUUUACUUGUUAAUUAUAAAUAUUUAACAAAAGAUUUACUGAUACAAAAUUUCAAAAUUCAUAAAGUGUUAUUGCAGACACAUUUAUUUGAUUUGUUGCUCUGUUUGUAAAUCUGGAUCAGGCUUGAUCUGAUUUUACAAAUUUCCAAAAUCGCAUUGACUGGCAUUGCAGAAUAAAAGCUAGAAUAACUUGGUUUUUUGGACAUAGAAACAUGUAAACUGGAGGCAUGGUAACCUCUCUAGAAGGGAGUAACUGCGUAGUUGCAGAUAGAUAGCUGCAGGUCUUUUUGUGCUGUUCACCUUUAAAAUUUGCUUUUCAAAAAAAGUAAUUAAAAAAAAUUAGACUCAGUGCUCAAUCAUGUCAUUUCUUAUUCUCCUGUGUUUGCUGAUAAAUUAUGAUAAUAUUGCAUUCAGUAGGCUGUGGCCACAAGGUUUGCUGGAUGCCAAAUACAGUGGUACCUUGGUUCUCAAACUUAAUCUGUUCCGGCAGUCUGUUACAAAACCAAAGCGUUACAAAACCAAGGUGCGCUUUCCCAUAGAAAGUAAUGCAAAAGUAAAAGUAAAUGAAAUAAAAAUGAAAGUAAUGCAAAAGAAAGUAAAUGAAAUAAAAAGGUAAAACACCUCUAGGCUACAGAACACAAGCUAGAUCCUUCUUGUAGUUUGUGGUUGGCAAUAGAUAAUCAAAAUGCAAUAUUCUUAGCAAUGAGAAGAUAAUAAAAUAAAAAAUAAAACAGCAAACAUUUCAAAACAAACAAACGAGGGAACUUGGAUUGUUUGACAAACGAUAGAAAACAAACACAAGCUGAAGAAAUGCAACCAAACCCAUCAAACACUUAUAGACAGGACUUCCAAAAGUGUUUCUCAUUUUAAGACUUCUCAUACACACCAGGAGCCUUCUAGGUAGCCCUGCAGCAUGCAUGAAGCAAAGUCCAGCUCAUCUCUGUAAGCCUGUGAUUAGCACAUGUUUGGUAGGAGGAGAUCAUGCUAUCCUUCCUCCAGAUCUCCUUCUCUCCACACUAGAAUUCUUAUAUGGUAUUGGAAUUAAUAAUUGAAACAUUGGCCUGGCUUUCUGUGAGACUGUUUGGAGCUACAGAUUGGCCUAGAUCUGUACAAAUAUUUUUGGGACAAGCCAAUCUGCCCUGUAGUUAUUUGUUGCUGUUUAGACCCAAUCUAGGCAGGACACAAAUCAACCUGAUUCAGUUUGGACUUUGGCUGAAUCUGGUGCACACCCUACCUUUUACUAAAUACCACCAAAAUAUUGACACUGGGCCUUAGAGAAUAUUGAGACUGAAGCAAUAGCCACUGUGAGGAAAAAUGUUUUCUACUACAAUUAGACCAGCAGUACUAUAGUUCCGAACGUCGGAACUAUUUUAUUGCUAUUGUUCCUGUACAUUUAUUUAGCCUUUGUUACUUCAGUUGCAAAUUGAAAGUGAUUUUCAGCGUCAUGGGUCAAUUAGAUUUGUCUCUAGCAAUAAUGGAUAUAAUAGCAGGACUUAUUAUUGAUGAGACUCUGCUUGUGCUAUUUAGUCUGCAAAUGUCAAGAGUUUCUGAGGUAAUUCAUUUAGGAAACUGCAAAGGUCAUUUAAAUGCUGCUAUUCAGAGAUCAACCUUCCAUCACAGAGAGUGCACUCAUUCUUCUGAGAAAAGCUUCUUUCUUCUUUGUAUUGUGGACACUCAUGUAAUUAAUGAGGUAUUUCUUUACUUUAAAAAAAGUGUUCUGUUUUGUUAGUUCUUCAUAAUUCUUUCUUGCCAUCACAGAACAUUUCUUUGGAAAUGGAUAGCAAAGGUAACAUUUCAGAAAACUAAAUACCAGGUCACAGGCUGAUAGUUAAAGAUGCACACUGUAAAGGUGAAACCUUUAAUACGAAAAAGUAGGUCAUAUUACUUGUUUGGUUUUAAGCCUUAAAGAGUAAACAAGCAUGUCUGUCCUUUCAAUUUUGAAGGCAUAAUUUGGAAAGGAAGAACUUCAUGAAGUUAAAUAGACUUAUUUUCAGGAUAUUGGGUAUAGGUGUGAAAGGGAAAGCUGCCCCCCCUCCCAGAAUAGACAUACUCCUCAAUUUUCCAUAUUUCAUUUAAUAUAAAUAAAUUUCUGAUCCAUACGGGGCACAUUGCUCCAGCAGUAUUCUACUCAUUAGCUAUGUUAAACACUCCCUUUAUUCUUCCUUUCACUAUUUUGCUGUGAUUGAAGUCAUAGCAAUGACUGAUAUUUAGGAAAUCUGUCAUUAUGGUCAAUGAUCAGAAUUCUUUUGCAAAUAUAUAAAAUAUCAAGCAAAACAAAAUAAAGAGCCCUAACAAUAAAAUCACUAGUACAGUGGUACCUCAGGUUAAGAACUUAAUUCGUUCUGGAAACUGGAAACUGUUCUUAACCUGAAGCACCACUUUAGCUAAUGGGGCCUCCCGCUACCGCCACACUGCUGCUGCGCUACUUCUGUUCUCAUCCUGAAGCAAAGUUCUUAACCCGAGGUACUAUUUCUGGAUUAGCGGAGUCUGUAACCUGAAGCGUCUGUAACCCGAGGUACCACUGUAACUGUAUCAUACUAUAAAAGCACCAGACACGGAAAACAAAAUGAUGUUUGCUACAAUUAGUCCCUGGUGUCUAAUUUACAUGCAGCAGCACAAUAUUUAGCCACCUUAGAGGAGGUAGAUGCACUAUGAUCUGGAAAAAGUAAGAAAGCAUAAAAUGUAUCUCAUCAUCCUAGAAAUAUUCAUUUAAAAGGUUCAAUAAAACUCUUAAGUGUAUCACUGCCUCCUAUUUAACCUAAAGGAGAAUCAACUUGCAAAAUCAAACAACAUGCCUUAAAAUCAAACCUAAAGAGUCAACUUAAAAUUAGACUGGUUCACCUUUUUAAACCCAGAUGACGGUAUGCAUUGCAUUUGAACCAUGUGUCGGUCCCACCUAUAGAAUAGAAUGAGUUCAUCAAAUCAGGUUGAAUGGGAGGACUUUUUAACUUUAUGUUGGGGUAGAGUUCAGCUAAAUAUGCCAAAUGCUUGACAUUCUUUCAUGCUCGCAGAGCACUAUAUUUUGAAGUAAUACAAUACAGAGUGAUUGGAUUUAUAUAUAAUCAGCUUAUCAAAAAGUGUUGUUUGUAGAGCACUUUUAUUCUGAGUAAUGGCUUGCAGCCCAAUCCUUUGCAUAUCUACUUGGAAGUCAGCCUCACUUUGUUCAAUGGCAAUUACACCUAGAUAAGUGUGUGCAGGGUUACAAAUUAAAAUAAUUUAUUGGGUUUCUGGCUUUACUGUGCAAAGAGUUAUUUUACAGUUCAUCUUUAAAAUUAAGUGGGGAGUGUACAGACACUUAAAUUGAAGGUGAAAUUAGUUUAGAGUGCUUUUCUGUUUGUUUCUUUUCAGAUCAUGUGUCAAUUGGAGGGCUUGGAGAUAGCUUUUAUGAGUAUUUGCUGAAGGCAUGGCUAAUGUCAGACAAGACAGAUGAAGAAGGCAUGCAGAUGUAUUAUGAUGCUGUUCAGGUAAAUGAAAUAUAUAAAUCUACUUAAGAUUUUCUAAUAUGAAACACCUUCUAAAGAAAGGGGCUUUGCAGCAUAUGUGUCUGGAUUGUUUAAAUGUUUUAAACAAUAAAUUUUGAUUGAAUAUGUAUUCCUUUAAACAAAACUUUUAAGUAUAUUCAUCUACUUUACAUGAAUGUCAUUGUUCCUAAUUUAUGAAUAGACUGUGAUUUCCUCCUACAUCUUUCUUCACAUUGUACUGAUCAUGUACCUGUGUCUGGUGGUCAGAUUCCCAGUUUCCCUCUAGUUGUAAGAUUAGCCGAAGCCUAUUUAUCUGUGAAAAGAGGUACAGUACUAACAAAGCAUAUAAUUUACUCCAUGCUUGGCAGUAGAAAAAUUCUGUAAAUGUAAUGGUUUGACCCAUAGAUAGACUCUGCUCGCGUGCCAAGGAUUUCCCAAACUCCUCCCCUCAGAAGCUGCUCCCAGGAUCGAGGGUCAUUUCGGAAUGGUGUGUGAUAGGGCAUGAGGGAUGCAGGACUGCUCACACAAAGCAUCUCUUGAACCAGACCCACAUGGUUAUUAAACAUUUGUCAAUUCUGUUUCAAAACAUGACAUCACAUUUUUCAAUAGCUUUUAUGUUGACAUUAGUUGACGGAAUGUGUGUAGUGGCCUUGCAGGAUUCCCCCCCCCCCCCCACGGCUACAAGGAACAGCAAUAACUAAAUAUUGAAAAUCUAUUAUUUCUGAAUGAAGCCCUCACUGGCUGUUGUGACUAAAAUGUAUCUUUGUGACUAAAAUGUAUAUUUGUGACUGUUCAAAGAUGGUGGGUUUUUAAAAGCAGUCCUGUACUAAAUGUAGCCCUUUCCCUCAGGUAAAUGGCAGCAUAAUAAGUUGGGUUUCCAUCUUUUUAAAAAGUUUAAUCAGAUAUGUCAACUAAGCCCAUGCUGUACAGAGGCCACUGCAUAUGUGAAACACUAGUAACAUACUGUGUGUGCCGAAAUCUGCCCUUGCCAUGACAGCUGCUCAUUCUUCAUGAAAUACUAUACCAACCUAUGGAAGUUGCUUAUGGGGAGGGGGACUGCUGCCAGGCAGACUAAGAAGCCCCUAAAUCUUUUCACAUUAGAGUUCAAGAAUGCUAAAGUAGAUACUAUCUGGAUCUGGCAAGUUGUUUAUUUUAAAUAUGUCAGUAAGGCCUAGAAUUUUGUCCUUUGUCACUGUUUGCCUCGGUUCUUCAUGUCGCGCCCUGAAAAUGUCACUUCAGGCAGUAAAGACAGACACAACAAAUGUAUUCAGCUCUUUUGUACACUCCUUUUCCUCCCCUGCUUUCUAUUGAUGCAGCCACCUGCCUAGCUGGUUUCCUGCUUCUGAUGUAUUUAAAGACUAUUUUAUUGUUUGUCUUAAUGUUUUUAGCAACAUGCUUCCUUUUUACAACCAUUACCGUCUGCUAGCAUUUUGGUACAAAUUUGUUUUUCAUAUUGUUCUAAUUUGGGCAACGCUUCUAGUUUCUGAGGGAAGCCUUCCUGUCUCAAAAGAACUUCCUUGAUUCUUCUUGUUAACUAUCGACAGCAUCCUCUGGUACCCUUUCUGAUCUGCAGUAUGCCUUCUAGCAGAGCGUCUAUUUCUAAUACAGAAAUAUUUUUGCAUUUUUCUAGUCUAUUGAAACCCAUCUGCUCCGAAAAUCUAGCACUGGUUUGAUGUACAUUGCUGAGUGGAAGGGUGGGCUGCUUGAACACAAAAUGGGCCACCUCACUUGCUUUGCUGGAGGGAUGUUCGUUCUGGGUGCAGAUGGAGCACCUGCUGAUAAAACUGGACGUCACAUUGAACUUGGUGCUGAAAUUGCCCGCACAUGUCACGAGUCUUAUGAUCGCACAAGUAAGCAUUAAACUUUGUGGAGUAGCUCUUUUCCAGAGGGUUCCCCCUCCCCAAACUUGCCCAUUUCUAUAUUGAUGGUUAGUGCUGUGCAUUUUGCUUUCCCCCACCCCAACAUAGUUAAUACAUUUUACUUUUUCUGCAUUGAAUUUGUGUUACUUGUCAUCACAGAAUCGCAGACUUGUAGAGUUGGAAGGGUCCACGAGGAUCAUCUAUUAUUUUUACGUGCCCUUCACCACCAGAUCCCAGAGCAGAUUGACGCUCAGCGUAAAUUAAUAAUGCAGAGUCUUCUUCAGUAAAAGAAUAAAAGCUUUACCUUGUUAAAACUUGUUUGCAAAUAAACAGCAUAGUGAACAGAAGAUUUAAACUAGCUUCAGAGCACACACAGAGUACAGGCUUCACUUCUGAGUCAGGCUCCAUACACACAGACACACACACUGACUGACUGACUGACUGACUGACUGACUGAGUCUGCCUGCAGAGAGAUACGAUACUUAUACAGAGAAUGAGUCACCCUCAAGAUGAGUCACAGUGAUUCAGCAUGCUAAGUGAUUCUUCAGCUUUUCAGCACUUCACAACAUUUCUAGACUCCUUUACUGCUUCCGCUCUCAAAUACCUUUGUCACAUGACACAGAUUACAGCAAUUUAAAAUUUAGUAUUAAAAACAGUUAAAAUAAAUUACAGUCAGCAGAGUACAGUGGUAUCUAAGUUUAAGAACAGCCCUGUUUACGAACGAUUAUAAACUCCGCAAAACUGGAAGUAGUUUGAGAACUUUACCUUGGUCUAAGAACGGAAUCCGAAUGGUGAAAGUGCACCAGUGGUGGGAGGCCUCAUUAAGGAAAGCACACCUCGGUUUAAAAACGGUUUCGGUUUAAGAACGGACUUCCGGAACGGAUUAAGUUCAUAAACCGAGGUACCACUGUAUGUUGUUUGGAGGGAAGUUUUUUGAGGGGGAGGUUCCCCUUGAUAUUAAGACCCAGAGUGGUCAUGCGUUCAAAGAUAAGCUGUAGAACUGCUUUUGACAACCACCUUCUGUCUUUGAAGUAGUUAGACAACACCACUGAAACUAUGAUUGGUACAGGAUGAAACUACCUGUAAUCUAUUUUUUUAUUAACUAAAGAGUGUUUCUCGCUCUCUCUUUUAACACUGGUAGCAAGUUUUGUAGUAGGCUAUCAGCCAGUGAGUGCCUGUGUUAGUUUGACAGACAUGUAAAAAGCUAGACUAGCUUUUCCAACCUGGUGCCUUCAAGAUGUUGUUGACCUCCAACUCCUCAUCAGCCCCAGCUGGCAUGGCCAGUGGUAUGGGGUGAUGGAAGACAUAGUCCAAAACAUCUGGAGGGCGCUACAUUGGAGAAGGCUGUGCUAGAAAUCAGUUCCACUCAGUUUACUUGGAAGCUUCCCCAUUUCAACACACAUGCAUUAUGUAUCAUUUUGCCUCUGUUAAAACACAUUCAAUAGAUAUUGUACACAGUUGUCCAAUAUCCAUGUACAUCAUUGGGAAAACUUCUAAAGGGUUUGUUUUUACACGUAUUUUUAAAAAGCUAAAAAGAUGCAACAUGUUCCCAGCAGAUUUAAAUGUAUUCCUUAAAUGUUCCUUAAAUGUAUUCCUUAAAUGUCUUGCACUUAACUGCCUUUACCAAUGACUACUUUGUAGAUUUCAGUAGCAUUUUAAUAGUUGCUUCUGCUUCCAGAGGAACGGGCACUUGUCUUGUAAACUUCCAAGUUACACCAAACUGUCCAGUAAAGGGGAAAGUAGCAGACUUUUGUAUCAACUUUGGCUGCAAAGUAUGAUCACUGCAUGCGAGAGCUUAAUUUUGAAUUGCCUAGAACUUGAAUCAAGCACAGAUCAAUAUUUAUUAAAGUAUUUAUAUGCUACAGUCUCUGGCGGUAUACUGCAAUAAAACACAAAAAUCAUUAAAAACAGUACAAAACAAUAAUUAAAAUGGCGGGCCAGACUAAAAGAACUCAAACCAAUGCAAAACUUGUCAGUAUAAAAAGAUAUUGAAGAGACACCUAAGAGUCAAAAGUGAGGGUGCUUACCAAAUUUCGGCUGAAGGAGUGUUCCCUAACCUGACUUCUAGUUGAGAUCAGUUGAGCCUAUUUAAAACAGGCUAAACUGUUGGCAUAUAAACCCUUUCAACCAAUUGGCAUUAUGUACUCAAAAAAUAAUAAGAUUUUAAAUACUCAAGCUAAAGUUUCAUCAAGGACAUGUUUCCUUUUCCAAUAAAACCUGGAGUGAGAGAAAGCAAUAUUGCUAGAAAACUUAGAGUGGUUCAUACAUAAGGCCUAUUCAUAGUCCAACAUUAUCUUUGACCCAACUUUCAGCUUGGAAAUAUUGUUGCCUACAAUUUUUAAGCAGAUUCAUUCUUCUAGUUUUGUUUCCCCAGUUUGCCGUUUUUAGUCUGCAUUAUUCCCUGGAAGGGACAGGGAUAUCAAUAAAUGUCAUAGAAGAGGUGUGUUUUUAUAAGUUUUAUUGGGAUGCUUUCAAAAUAUUUGUGCCCUCCACACUAAAAUGUCAUGCAUUAGUGACGCAAGCGUUGAAUAGUGGAGUUCAGAAAUGGCAAAAAUAUUUCUGUGGCAUAGUACUAACCUUAUAUGAAUGAUUCACGUAAAUUAAUAAAGCUCUACCACAUGCUGAAGAGUUGAAAGUUUUUCAUGUGCCGACUUAUUUGGAUAUUGCACAUUGUUUUGUGUAGGCAUGAAGCUGGGACCAGAAGCCUUCAGGUUUGAUGGUGGAGUUGAGGCAAUUGCUACUAGACAGAAUGAAAAAUACUACAUCUUACGGCCUGAAGUUAUCGAAACCUACAUGUAUAUGUGGAGAUUCACUCAUGAUCCAAAGUACCGGCAGUGGGGCUGGGAAGCUGUAGAGGUAAUAUAUUUGUUUGUUUCUUUAAAGGCUUAAUUUUGAAGAAUGUAUUUUAUUUUCACUCAAAAUAAGCUUGCCUAGUAAAAAUUAAUGAUUUUUCUGCCUCAUGUGAAUUUUAUAAUUACCCAAUUCCUUAAAUAAUUCCUCAUUAACAGUGUCCUUAUACAUUGCUUCUAACUCCUUGAUUUUAGUUCCUUAGUGCCCUCCCACCUUGUGCAUUAGCUGGAAAUACUGAUAAAUACUCAGCUUAUGAGUCUUAAACAUACAGGAGGAAAAUAUUAAUCCUUGUGACCCACGUGUGGGGGGUAACUAACAAAAGAAUCCACUGGUUGCCCAGAUUCAAAACAUGGAGCUUUGCACACUCUGUAGCAGAAGAGAGCCCCCAAUAGCAGAGUUUAAAUACACAAUAUCAGCAAUAUCAAUAGGAAUAUAGGUUGGUAGACCCUUUUACAGUGUUCCUCUUUUUCUACCACUCUUGCAAUGAACUGACUACACACUGGUAAGUACAUUUAAAAUACUUUAUUUACAAAAUAUUCCAGAGGUUCCAGAGAUUCUUGCAUUUGUCCAAGCAGCAGCAAGGAGAACAGUGGCAGAACACUCUUGGGUAGAAAAUACAGAAAGCAUCGAACACAUGCUCUAAGCUUGGCGCUUGCUUAGACAAAUCUUCUUGACCAGUUACAUGGCACAGAGAGAGGGAACAGGAAGAGAAGGCUUCACUUCCUCCCACAUCAGAGAAGUGUGACCUGAGUCUAGGAACAAACUUCUCUGUUCUUAACCCCUUCAUGUACUAACCAGCACUCAUGCAUAGUUAUGUUUGACUGCAGUUUCCCACAAAAUAUCCCAGACAGUUCUCCACAAAUCUCCUAUUUCCUUUUGUUUGAAAAAUAACUAUUAAUUCUUUUUUAGUAUCCGUCAGUACCUCACUCUAUUUUAACAUGAAUAUAUUCAGUGUCCAAUUCCUUGGAUUUAUUGGCUGCCGGUCAUGUCAAAAGUGAUCCCAAAGCAAUAUAUAGCAGUUACAUAGCAAAUACCACAGCCAAAUAUAAAGUUCAAUGCAACUGUAAUCAUAAAUAUCAAAACAUGAACAUCAGACAAAUAUUGAAAUGGUAAAACCAUAAUAGUAACAGCAGCUGCAAUCACUCACUGGUGCACUUCUCAGUAGGGCCCCAUCAGCAGAUACCAGGAUAACUUCAAGUAUUUAGGUCCCAAGUCAUACUGUGCCCAGUAGCUUUCAGUAUCUUCGACUUCCAUCAGAAUGGUUGGUGAGCUGGGAAACACAUCAGUACAAUAGGAGCUUUGUCUAGGUGUGGAAUAAAGAGGGUAGUUUUUCCACUCUGCAUGUCCUUCGAGUUCAGGAACUGUAUCCCUUUGAAAAAACUACAGUGUAGGGAAUUUGAGGACUCCAUUUUGAAGUUGUGUGUUAAAUGGCUCAAAAUCAAUGAGACUUUAAAUAGUAAUCAUUAACUGGUCUUAUUGGCUUCAGUUGGGCAGUUGUUUUACAUUUGUUGUGAUGCUGAUGUUUAAUUGUGCUAUUUUAUAUCGUUUAAAUUUUUAACCUUGUGCUAUUAGGUGCCCUGAAGAUGUUUUACAUUAAAGCGCAGGGUGUAAGUUAUAAAAUAUCAAACUCCUCUUUUCCUUUUUUUAAAUUCAGGCAUUGGAAAAAUACUGCAGAGUAGAUGGCGGCUAUUCUGGUGUUAGGGAUGUUUACAGCAACCGUCAAACCCAUGAUGAUGUGCAGCAGAGUUUCUUCCUUUCAGAAACCCUCAAGUAAGCAAUUGAAACCCUUCAGUUUAAAAGUUGAAGAGCUAAGAGUCAUUAAUCUUUGUAUGGGCUGGCGUACAGGGCAAUAGAACAAGAAAGGGGUAUGGGAAUAUGGGGAGUCAGAACCAGGAGAAGCAAGCAGGUUAUCACUAGUGGUCUUUCAAAGACAAGAUGGUUUGUUUACUGAAGUGCCAUAGUAUUUUAAUAGGUGGGAGUGUUGCACAUAAUCUUGGUGUGUGGUGGAGAAAAUGAGUUCUGCUUUUUUUGGGCAAAGAAUUGCGUGGAAAUACUGUUCGGGGCCAGAAUAGAAGUAGGGGACUUCAGGGAAUACUGCUGAUGUCUUCAGCAAGCAUGUCAGUUUAGACAAGGACAAAGAUAUGUAACUGUGACCAGGAACGCCAGGGCUGUGAUCAGGCAGAUUGGUUCCAAGUAAGGGUGAGACUGCGGUCAUUUGGUUCUGUGCCUCUGAAAACUGACAUGUGGGUAGUGUCGGACCUAGGACUUAGGAGAACCAUGGUCAAAUUCCCACUCAGCCUUGAGCAUUGAACCCAUCCCUGUUUCUCCAUUUACCCCCAGUGUUUUAUGAGAAUAGACUGGAGGAGAGAACCAUUUAUGCUGCUAUGAGCUCACUGAAAGAAAGUCAAGAUAUAACCAAAUACUAGCAGAGCAGGUGUGCUAGAAAGUCCUGUGAUUCAAUUCAUAUCAGAUAGAAAUUUGCUUAGUUACCUUGAAUUCUCCAUUUUCUGACCCAACCCUACUUUCUGUAACAUGGGAAUAAUAAAUAUUAUUAGUGAGAAUUUAUGAAAUGUUUUGAACUCUGGCUAUGUGCUAUACAGUGGUACCUCGGGUUAAGUACUUAAUUCGUUCCGGAGGUCCGUUCUUAACCUGAAACUGUUCUUAACCUGAAGCACCAUUUUAGCUAAUGGGGCCUCCUGCUGCCACCGUGCCGCCGGAGCACGAUUUCUGUUAUCAUCCUGAAGCAAAGUUCUUAAUCUGAAGCACUAUUUUUGGGUUAGCGGAGUCUGUAACCUGAAGCAUAUGUAACCCAAGGUACCACUGUAUAAGCUUUACUAUCUGUGGAGCCUGACAGAGAGCAGUUGCCCAGGCAGAUGGAGGGGGCUGAUGGAAAGAGAAGGUUGGCAAACUUUAGUUACAUGCAGUUGUUUCAGUUGCUUUUCUCUAGAAGUCUGAACUUCUCAAGGAAAUGUUAAGGAAGUAAAGGUGCUUCCAAAUCAGGUAGGCGAGACCCUUUCAAAAGUCUCUCGAAGCAAACUUGAACACCUAAGCAUUAAUUCUUAAAUACUAUCUGAAAUGUAGUUCUGUGCAGCAAAGUAAUCUAGUUUUCAUAGUUGAGCAUGGUUUGAUUUAUGAAGGAGUCAUUCCUUUCUGUGUCACAGAGCAAAUUGAGCAGUGGAUUUGGCAAGCUACCCACCUAAAAGGAAUAGUUAACACUGCCUGGACAAAUACUUUAUUACAAAUACUGUGUUCCCAAUAGAUAAUUUGUGAAGGGACAGAAGAAGGCUGUGUGCUCUCAAAGGGGAGGCUCUGGAGCAACUAAGUAUCAUCUGGCAUCUGCGUGAAAACUAUGGAAACUAGAUGGGCCUUUGGUCUGAUCCAUCAGGGCUGAUCUUCGGUAUAUCAUCCCUUCCAGAGGCAACAGGGUCUUUCUAAGCACCAUUUAAGCUUCUGGAGCAUCUGUAUAUUGGAGAUCAAAACUGUCCCAUAGCUGCAUUUCCAUGUUUCCUUAGAGGAAAUCUCUUCAUUCCCCAUGUGUCAUUUUGAGUGCUAAACUGCUUUGCACACACACAAAAAUGUGAGCUUAGAAAAGGAACUAAAAUUUAGUUGCAGUCAGGUGUUUUCCUAGCUAUUCCUUUAUAUUUUGUUUUACUUUAUUUAUAUCCCACCUUGCGUCCAAGGAGCUCAGGUGGCAAUCAUGGUUUUUCCUUGUACCAUUUUAUCCUCGCAACAACCCGGUGAGGUAGUUUAGGCACAGACUGGCCCAAAGUCACAUAAUAAGCUUGAACCCUGUUCUCCCAGGUCCUAGUUCAACUCUAACCACUAUGCCACAUUGAAGAUAUAUUGCACUUUUAUUGAUCUAGGUGUUUUGAGAGAUACAAAUGAUUCUAUUAUUAUUCCUAUGUGAGCCUUCCAGUUUUGUAGUUUGUUAAAUAUCCUUUUCUUUUUGCCAGGUAUCUAUAUUUAUUAUUUUCUGAAGAUGAUCUUCUACCAUUUGAACAUUGGGUCUUUAACACUGAGGCACACCCUCUACCAGUUCUGAAAAAAGAAGAGGAGGAAAAAAGAAAAAGCCAAUAAAAUAAUGCUGAAUUCUGUUUGGGGCACACAAUGUAGUAAUUAAAAUUCCAUCAUUUUUUAGUUUUGAACCAAUUUUUUGCAGUCUGGUGUCUACCCGUACAAUAUUUAACAAGGGACCUAAAGUAAUUAAUUAUAAUUAAACAUAUUUAUCUUUUGACAGGAAUUGUAACUUGUCAUCUCUAGAUUUUGUUAGGCUGCAGUAUGCAUCUGGCCAAAUAGAAUACAGAGGUCAGCAUGUUACUUGUUUUCCAUUUUGUUUUUGACUGCAAAAUCCUUUCCUCCUCUGUGAGGAGAUGUCUGCUUUAAGCUGUAAUACUUUGCUGUGUUGCAAAAAGCCAUAAAGAAUUAAGUAUGAAGAGCUUUUUCUUUUUUAAUAUAUGUUAAUGUGGUUUGUCUAUUACUAGAGACAAAUCUGACUGUGACAGCCUCUUCUUAUGCGGGUCUAUCAUUAAUUGGUAAUUUGAAUACUUUAGAAGGUGUUCUGUUCAUAAGAAUAGUUUCAUCUCAUCUGUGUGCACUAUUAUUUUAAACUGUGGCUUUUCUUGAUAGGCAAAGUCCAGAUGUUGAAACCCUUAUCUAAUAACAAUUUUAGAACAUAACUGCAAAUCAACUUAAAUACAAGUAAAUUUAGGGCCCUUUUUCUUUUCCUGUAUUUGGUUUCACAAGCAGCCACCACACCAAGAGCAUAGUAGCUGCCAUCUGAACUUACCCUUAUCUACAACAAUUUGAGACUGCAAUUCUCAAAACCUUCUGUUACUGCAAAGUUUCAGCAUGAUUUGCAUUUGAAGGCACAACCUGGUUUCUCCUGAAACUUGUAAUUUCUUAUGAGAAAUGGGUUGAUCUGUGAAAUCCUUUGUGUUAAGCCUUAGCCCACUUAGAGACUAGGACUGGCUAGUGUUGCAAGUAUGUUGAUUGCCAUUUCAGACAUCCCACUGUGUGACACUUGGUAGAUACCAGGAACAAUGCUGUGGAAGUAGGAAGAGAAGGUGCUAUGCUUUAGAAAUCCACAUUUCAGCUUUCAUUCACAUUUGAGAGAUGGAAACAAACCACUACUGCUUUAAAUGCUUUGCUUUAAAAAAGAUUCUACUCUGUACUCAUAUUAAUCAGUGUUAAUCAAAGUGACAGAAAUGGAAUGUUGGUUGAGACAGCCCAAUUUUUUUUCAAUAACUGUGGUUAGUAGUCUAAUCAGAGGAUGAAACAGCACUGCUUUUUCCAGUUUACCAGUUGGGAUGCCUUUCUGAGCAGAAUAGCCUUUAAUUAGUGAUUAAUAUAGUAAAGCUACUUGGCCACAUAGGUGCCUGUGAUUUAACAGGUCAACACUGUUAUUCUAAUCUAUUGCAAACCUUUUUAUGCUAAGAAAUAUGAGAACCACAGAUUUGAUUCAACACAGGUAACUCCUUGGUAGCUGAAGGACUUUUUGGAAUGGUGCAUAAAAUGAGUGAUGCACAGAUUAAAAAAACCUGGAGAUAAUCUGCAUCAGUUUUUGUGCUGAUGAACAGCUUUACACAAUUCUAACUUUCAAUAUAAUAGAUUUACCCAGGGCUAUGCCACAGCAUUUGUGAAGACCAUAGGAAUGAAAUCUCUUAUAUUUCGAUCUAGUAGAAUAGUGAGAGAACACAAGCAAUAAUUCCCCCCCAAAUUUAAGUAUGAUUCCUCUUUCUGUGCCUCUCCGUGCUACAUUCAUUCCUACUAACCCAUCCCAAUUUUUUUUAAAAAAAAAUAUUCUAAGAUCAGGCAUGGCAGCUGAAGAAUCAAAGGAAACCAUGCGAGUUGCUGGCACACAUGAAUCUCUGGUUAUUACAAAUGAGUUGGCUAGCAAAUUUUCUUACACUAAAACUUGAUUAUUAUUCAAGACUGAUGUUCAAGUAAUUGGAUAUGGUGUUGUUGUAUGGAUUUUUAAGCCAUCACAAGAACCACUAUAAUAAAGUAUAAUAAUGAAAAUAAAAGCAUUUUUUUCCUUUAUUUAACUAGAAUCGGUGUCACAUUUCUGAUUCUGGACUUCUGCUAACAUCUUUACCGUCCAGAAAAUCAGUUAGACAAAUUAAAAGAAGCCUUUCAUAUGCUGUGCUCUUCUGCUAUGUGUCUGUGUGCGUAAUUCUUUACUCAUUUAUGUGAAACAUUAAUUCAGAUGUUAUUCACGUUAAACAUUUUUAUUUGAAAAUAGUUGGAUAGCCUGAUGUAUAGAAAAUCAAUACUGUGGUAAAUCUAAACAUUAUUUACUAUCUGUUAUGAGAAACUUCAUAUUUUAUCCUUCCCCCCCCCCCCUUUUGAAGGAAUGAAGGGGAAAGGAGCUUCUGGUUUAUUUCUAGCUCACAGGCGAUAAUGCAUUUUUCAAACUACAAAGAACAUCCUAUUGUAUCACCCAAAGCACUAUUGUGUGUAUAUUCAAAGUCUAAAUGCAGAAUGGAAUUAAAUUCGCUAAUUUUUUUAAGCAAAUAGUGGUGGCUUUUGCCAUAUAAAGAAAAUAUAUGCAACACACAAGCAAGAGGACAGGAUCAAAAUAUACUCAGCCAUACAGGUGUUCUCAUCUGGUAACUUGGAAUGCUGUAAGUCUGCUGAUGUUGACUGGCAGACCUCUGUUUUUAAGGUUAAUUGGUUCUUCAAAACCUAAAAUGGAAAAGCAAAUGCAAGACAUCAAUUAAAUGUAGGGCUGCAGAGUCACCAAAUUUUUGAAAGUUGCUAACUGUGUAAGGUUUUUUUUUAUUUUUAAUGAUCUUUUUAAAUGAUUUCCCAAGCUUAAGUUACAGGUUCAAUGGAAGAAUCCCUCUUACUUUCUGUGGAAGCUAGUGUCAGUGGGCAAAUUCUCCCACAGAGGCAUAGUAGUAGAAUGUGAAUUAUCCCAUUUGAGAUCCUGUAUGAGGAAUAAACGUUAGAACCAUAAGCAGAGGGAGUCUUCUAAGACUGAGCCAAUAAAAAUGGCAGUGAUCUUGGAUUACCUAGUAUGGUUUUCAGUUUUCUAAUAUAGUAUUCCAUUUCUGCCUUCUGACUGAAGUCCUGCCAGCCUCCAUUUUAAACAGGCUGCCUUGUAGAGUUACACGCCCUUUUUUUGUGCCAAUUGAUUGCUUCUCCUCUUCACAUAUAAAUCUGGAUCAUUUUGUUUAAAAAAUGUUCUGUAGAUAUAUAAUCUGCUAUGUACAGCUAAGAGAAAUUGUCCUGAUUUUCAAAGGCCACAAUCCAGAUAGUAUUUUCUGUUCAGUUUAAUAAGCUUUUAAACAUUCCAAGAGACGGCAUCAUUGAACUUAAGUAGCCCUUUGUAACUUGCUUUUCUGGGCUUUCAGCAAAUGCUCAUACAUAGAAGUAUUGUCUGGUUAAGCAAAGCUCAGUAAACCCUAUAGCCCUCAAACUGUGUAAUGCCAUAUGUAGUGAAUUGUUAAAAAUAAUAUUCAGUCCAACCCCAUAUUCUAGGCAGGAUACACCACACCUUAAGCAUCCUGUUUCUCAAAAAUGUCCUGAUAGAACCCUUUAAAGGGAAUCAUUUUUCCAACACACUCUAACAGUAGUAUUUUGUCAGUGGUUCAGUUCCAGUUGGCAUCUUUUAUUGCCUAAUGCAGGCAUAGGCAAACUCGGCCUUCCAGAUGUUUUGGGAGUACAACUCCCAUCAUCCCUGACAUCUGGUCCUGUUAGCAAGGGAUGGUGGGAGUUGUAGUCUCCAAACAUCUGGAGGGCCAAGUCUCCCUAUGCCUGGUCUAAUGCAUAGAUUUCUCCCCUAUUUGUUGCCAAUCUUCCAGUGUGGACCUCAUCAAAACCCACUGGUGCCAUUUUGAGGGAACCUGGCCAAAUGUGUGAAAUGGUUACUGUGCGUCUGUGAAACUUUUUUUUUGUCAGUCACUAUAAACAGAGUGGAAAUAGAAAUUUAUAAAUGCAGCAGGAAUUGUACUGGAUAUUUCUUAUUUUCCUCUUGCAGGCAAUUUAGUGAUUAUUUCACCAGGUUUAUUUUCCCUAAUGUAUUUGACACAAGUGUUUUGAUCAGUUACAUAUUUCUCUUUAUGGGAAGUUGUGAUUAUGGUAGUUUUUUGUUCAUUGGUCUUAUUAUUUGAAAGAGCACAAUGUUUCUAUAACAUACAGUAAUCAGGUUGUAUGUACAAGCUGCACUAUAAUGUACCUUUUUUGUAAAGUGAUGUAAGUAGACAAGAAGAUUGUAUCUCCCUGUAGAACUGCAAAGUGUAAGAGAAACAUGUUUUUAUAUCUUCAAAGCAGUAAAUUAUGUUAACACAAAACACCAAAGUAUAAAACUUCAGAGUGAUCACCAUUUAAAAAGUUGUAGCUACAGUCCUGAAAUUAUUUACAGUGGUGUAAAUAGCUUCAGAAUUAACUUUUAGUAUUUCCUAGAAAUUGUCACACAAUCAAGCUGGAAAUAACACUGUGUUUACAUUCAGUAGGAGUAACUAUGGGUGACUGAGCUAAUGCUGACCACUGUAUAUGUAAUUUAAGGCAAUUUUUAACUUUUUUAAAGUGUCUCUUCCUGUUUCAACAGUGUCUAAAUUUACAUUGCUCUUCAGCAUAUCACACUGCAGUUGUUUAAAUAUAUAUUAAAUCCUGAGAAAUGCGAAUUUAAAGUCCAUGUUUGUUUAUAUGACAGCUCUAUGAUACCCAGUGACACCUUGUUGAUUCAGUAAACUUGUGUGGUCAUAUUGUGUAUUUUUUUAAUUAUUAUUUCUGCAUAUCCCACUUAGUUUUCUUCCACCUUUAUAGAAAUCUCUGAAGUUAUAAGAGAACAAAAUGCUUACUUUUUAAGAACUAUAUUUGUAAAACAAAACAAAAAAAAUCUAUUGUGAAUAAAGUCUUUUAAUACAGCCUCUUA